AUGGAGAGGAAACAUAACAGUGCAGCAAAACUUUCCCUAUUUGUAUCGUUUCUUUUUGUGUUACAAUUCGGCUGGAUUCUCGCGGAAACAUGUGAAAAGAUCGACAACUGCUCAUGCCGAAAAAGCAACGGGAAAGUUAUCAGCCUGAGGGAAAUCGAUGGACCUAGUGGACCUGCGUGAGUACAUCUUAUAGCAACUAAACGUUUUUUCUUCCACGAGUGAGUAAGCGCAAAUUUAAGAAAGAAAUCACCACAUUACUUAUGUAGGUCAGUGAACACCCAUCAGUAAUAUCUAGUAGUAUUCUCAAAGUGGCUCCGUUUCAAAUUGGGUUCGCAAGCUCAAUGGAUUUAUGUAUUACAAAUGGUCAACUUUCCGGAAGUGAACCCGGGGGGUAACAUUGUCAUUUUGGCCUAUGUGCCGCUAUAGACAUGUUUUGUGGGCCAGUUUAGUCACGAUGAUAGGAUAUAGAAAUCAAAGUUCCGAAACCUAAGCUCCUCCAAAUCUGCAUGGAAACGCAAUGCAUGUAAUCAAGCCCAGACUUGAGUCCUUGCACGUAAGCCGAUUCAGCUUAGUUAACCCUGGGCUGCCUGUGGGAUAGCCAAUCAAGUUUUUAUUCAGUAGCAAGUCGUCUCCGACCAAAAAAAGACAAAAUGGCGGACGCAUAGACCAGAAGGGGUUGUGUCUACAUUUUCUGUGCGAUUGAGACGAUCAAUUGACUUUUGAGGGGAGGGGGGGGGGGGCUGGUUAUUUUCAGAUGUUAUAAACAAGAAAAUAUGGAUAGCAUCAAUUCCACCAAUAUGAGUAAAAAUGUAAAUAAGCAAGUUACCCUUUUGAAACGAGAAAAGAUAGGUAUUAAUUUUAACUGGACUAAUGCAUGCCCUGAUACAUGUGGGAAUUUUGAAUUUUGUGAGGGCAUGUGUGUGAAUACGACCUAUUGCAUACCGCAGAAAAUUCAAUGGGUUUCUACCUUUUUGAUUGACAGUAUUUUUUAGGGAAAAGGGUAAUGAAUGUAUACCCAAUCAAAUAGAGAACUUUUCAUUUCAGUCUUAAAUGAGAACUAUACCUCGGCAAAGCACCCGGUACCAAAGGUAUCAACGAUGUGGUGGUAGCCAUGGACAGCUGUUUCAUUCUCAUAAGCAUUGCAUAGCCCCAGGCGAAAGAUCUCAUUUGCGAUCACUGACAUCGCCGGUUAUUACCAAGGCGAGUGCUAAAGAACUUCUUUAAGCGCCAGCCCCACCGUAGACAAGUGGUGUAGUAGAACUGGACAUUAUUUAUAGGGGUGAAAGUUUUGUUGUGGGAUUGAUUGCUUUUAUUUCUUUUUAAAGUUUCAAAGGAAUUCCAACUAAGGCGCCCUAUCGUACAACACUUGUGUUUGACUGGAAUCCUUGCACAAGGUUUAGCGAAGGUAGUAGCUGCAUUGACCUUUUGGUAAGUGUUUUAAAGGCUAUAUAGCAGUAAAUGGCACAAUUAAGCAGAUACAAAAGUCAUUAGGCAGCUGGCCCAAAUCUUACGAUUUAUAAGUAAAAGGAGUGAGGACUGUAGGUGGGGCAGCACUAACGUACCCAAGUGCAGUAGAUGUUCUCCGUCCGAAGAAUUGAACUCGGAACGACUGAGAGAAAAAAUUAAGCUUGCUGUUGGUCAGAGCAGUUCUCGAACUCAGGAUCUGCAGACAGCGAUUCGAUACGCUGAGAGCCUGCGUAGCUGGUGGAACCUUCAAGCGGAAAGCACCAAUGGAACGAAUUUUGCUAUAGGCCGCGAGAAGAAUGGGAAACGUCAACCCUGAUCCCGCCAGCUACGCAAGUUAAUGCUGACUGUGGCGUUUUUUUUAUUAUUAUUAUUAUUUUAUUUUUUUUAUUAUUUUUUUUUAAACGCUCAAAAUCCAUUCGCGGUUCGGGCUAAAGCAAUGUUGAUAUUUUUUAAAAAUCACUCUCUUGCAAAUAAACUUCCAAUUUAACUCGAAGUAGUUAAAACACUUUUUGUGCAUACUUAAGAAGGUAUUAAGCAAAACUGUACCUGCUUGCGGUGAAAGCAUGUUUCAUUUACAUGUAUCACAAGAUUAUUUAUUGGUCAAAAUUUGAAGGGCAGAAAUACAGUUGAGCGACACGGUCCCCUAAUAGCUUCCCCUUUAUUUGCUUUUAAGAUCUGCCAAAAGUUUUCUUUGUCUCCGGAGAAAACCAUUCCAUGCGGUGCCACUGUUGGUAGUUUUGAAGUAAACAGCGAAGGAAAUACAGUCAUGAAUUACGAGCCUGUCGUUGACGCAACCGGAUACAAAAGGUAGGUUAGAGUUCUUGUAAAUCGGCCUGCGUUUAAUAACAUAUACUUUUAAAAACCACUGAAGACGUGAUUUGGUUAAUUGAUGGUAAGCGACUGAUUUUGGUUAUUUAUGGCUCAGUCUGUUCCAAGCGUUCCCAUCCCCAGGUCCUACUCAUCAAAAGUCCUCCCGGGGGUGGCGAAUUUGUCAUAUAAUAAAUUUGGUUAGUCUUCUGCCUCUUUAAAAAGGAAAGCCUAUAGGAUAAAAAGUAUAUAAGCACAACCUUUAUUCAAGAAAUUAUAUCAAAUUCUGCUUAUUGUUAAGGUUGCAUGAAAACGUUGUUUGUUCAUUUGAAGCGCUAAAAUUUUGUUUGGUCCUCAUAAAACUUGCCUGCCCCUCUCCUGUUACAUGAUUUCUGCGGUAUAUUUACCUCACAACCUACUCCCCGCGUGGUUUUCUUAGACAAGUAACUUUACUCCCUUUUGUCUCUCUUACCACUGACUACAAAGUUUCUCAACCAUUACGUUGAAAACGAAAAAGUAAUGACCUAAAGUUCGUCUUAGAUCAAUGCACGUGCUUUAAUAUCGGAGCCACCUUAAACAAUUAAAAAUUCCAUAAAAGGAGCGAAAUUAACCCAAAAUUGCAACCCAAAGUUUGAUGGUUUUAUAAAAAAAAAUCACCUUUACCACACCCUAACCAGAGGGAGGGGGCGAUUUUGAAGAGAAGACCACUAUAUUGAGAGAAAACGUAAUUGAGGGCUUUGACGAGCUGUGAAAAGAAUUUGAUAGCCUGUGAGCGAGCUCUCCGGGACGCUCUGGCGGCGGGGCUCGGAAAGGAAUGAGACCUUGCAACUACGUCUCUACGUCUCUCUCUCUCUUCUCUACAAGCCGGAAGGCCGCAGUUGAUGUGAACACUUUCCACAUGAGAAAUUGGUGCUGAAAACCGUUCAGUGAAUUAUUUUUAUAAUUAUUGUUAUUAUUGUUAUUAUCAUUAUUAUUAUUAUUAUUUUGUUAUUAUUGUUGUUGUUGUCGUUGUUGUUGUCGAUGAUGAUACUUAUUGGUUUACUUGUCCAUCGACCAUCCAUUUCAAGUUUCUAACAAAAUGCGACAAGUGUCAUUACAAAGUGCGACAGCUUCUUUUUUUGCAAAGUGUGAUUUUCUGUUAUUACAAAGUGCGACAGCUUUUUAUUACAAGUGCGGCAGGUAUUACAAAGUGCGACAGAACAUGGAGUCAUCAGAGCUAACCGAUGCUUAUAUAUCCCCACCAAUUUGCACCAACUGACUAAUUUUUAGCUAGUGAACAUUUUUCAUCUUGUUUUUUUCUGGAUAUCCCAACCUAUCCCAUAAUUUCACGAAUUUAGUUUUUGUGACUUCGUCACUUCUCUUCUCUAUUAAAGCUGAAAGAAGACGUGGCACACAAAGGGAUUUACCAAAACGCUAGCGCUCGAAACACUCACUUUAAUGACGACAAUCACUUACAAAAUGAUGCCUAUCCUUUCUAAUUUUUUUUUUCAGGACCUUCAAAAUUACUCUAAAAUGUGAUCCUGGCAAAUUUCCAGGCUACACAGACGGUGUUACAGAAGUUUACACUCCCUUAACAUCAGAAUACGUAAGAACUAUGGUUCUACAGCUGUAUUUGCCUUACUUUUAUUUUCAAUCAAAAGAAAAUGAUUCCUUCUCUUUUCACAUUCUCUCUUGUUUCCGACUGUGUUUUGGGCAAAUGUUUUUCCAACAUAACGACACUGGGAUUUGCUCAUGGCUAUUCGAGUACUGCCUAUGAUUAAAACGACCUUUUAAAAGGCGAAAUACCUUCACUCCCAAAGUUUUCUCUAAGUUAAAAUCUGAGAAAAAUCUCAAAUUUCAUAUUGUUAAGCACUGAAAAUAAAUAGGACAGGCGAGAUAGAGAUUACUGUAUUUGAAUGGUCACACCAUCAAAAGUUAAAACAACAAAAGUCAAAAGUUAGAACAACAAAUGAUUUGCGUCUUAUCUUCAAGGUAGGUUACAGACCACCCAGAUUGGUCAAAAUAUCUCACAAAAAAGUACAGAUAACGUGUGGUAUUCCUCAAGAGCCUGUUUUAGGUCCAAUAUUAUUUCUUCUUUAAAAUAAUGAUAAUAACUGUCAACGAAAAACUUUGUAAUUUAUACGAUUGGCUCUGCUGAAACAUAAGUUUUAAUGUUGAAUCAAACUUUUUAAUCUUUCAUUCAUACCUCAGUUAGCUGUAAAGAAGAUAUAAAGUAUUUGGGUGGUUGAACAUGUCUUAGAUAAAAUAAGGAAAGCAGACUUGUUCCUUAUGCUGGCUGGCUUCAACGGUAGUUGAAUUUGUUUACAGACAACAAUUUACUCUUUUAAACUGUACUUUAAUUUUCGGACAUUUAAACAUUGUGCAUUCAACAUGUGUCGAAACUUUACCUAAUUGAUCUGUUUGUUCGCAGAGUAUGACAUUUUCGUCAAAAUGCGCGUGUGAUGAUGGCUGUUUCAAAGAAUCCAGCUGAAGGGUGUACAGGUCUUGACAUUGGAAUCGUUUAUAAAUAAUGUGUAAGUAUUUCUAUUUUGCAGCCAAGGGUGAUGCUCGAAAAACCAAGUAGACAUAUCCACUAUUUUGUCGUCCUAUUGUGUGAAGUUUCGUUAAUAAUGUCAUUGUGUGAGGGCCAGGGAUCAUUGUUUGUGUUCUUUGUGAUGUCACUUGAGACUUGCUACUCACUUGGCAUAGGUGCACCAGCCUCAUCCAAGCAGCCUAAUAAAAUAGCAUACUCUAAUGGUGUAUUUUUACAAUAACUGAGUGAUUCCUCGCGCGCUGACUGACUGGCUAAUUUUUACCAUUAACAAGGGGACAGAUGGAUAAAUAACUGGCGCCAAUUUUUUUAACGUUAUAUUAGCACCUUAAUUAUUCCAGCUCUUUCAUAACGAAAGUCAGAAAAUUUCGCCCAGCAAUCAUUUGAAAUUUAUGGAUAUUCCGAUUAGCUAUUUUUACACCAUCCUUUCCAUUACUCCGUACACGUGGUUGCAAAAAAAAAACCAUAUCCAUAGUCAUUAUCACGGCUACCAUAAGUUUGUUAAUACGCGUAGAUGUCGGAAGAGACACUUAAGGUCGACGAGAACCAAGAUGACCAAACCUUUCGGAUAUUGUUGUCCAUUUCUUUACCUCGGCAUUUAAGAAAUUCAAAUUUUAGGUUUCUUUUUAAGAGUAAUUAAAAGAGUUUUCAAUAGUAUAUUCCAUAAUUCAAAACUCUUUUCAGUCUUAUAAGUCGAUAAUUUUUACAGAUUUUGAGUUUUGAAUCUUAGAUUUCUUAGUGUUAUUUUAUUCUAUUUUCCUCUUUCGAUUUUCUUCUUUAUAUUUUAGCUAUUUAUGAGAUAAUUACAGGACCCUUUCGAUAACAGUUUUUUUAUUAGAACUGAUAGGUUAUCCUGUAUAAAUAUUCACGUUAUUAUUAUUAUUAUUAUUAUUAUUAUUAUUAUUGUUAUUAUUAUUAUUAUUAUUAUUAUUAUUGAGGGGAGGUUAGAAAAUUAUGGGCGCUUUCCACUAGAAAGCUCAGAAGAAAGAUACAUUCCGGUUGCACAGACCUGACCUUAGGACGCACGUUUGAUUCGCACCCAACACAACGAAACCAAAAUAAAACAGAAAUCAUGGGAGAAAUGGUCGACUCCCUUAACACAUCAUUAUAAAAUCAUUUACCUGUGAUUGUUGAGCACUGAUGCUUUAACAAAGCAGAAGUCUGCUGUUGUUUACUCACAGAUGGAGGAUUCUAACAGAGAUCCACCAAUAUCCGCUAUAUUGUACUUGUAAGCAGGACUGAGAAGAGGUUUUGGGGACAACAACUUUGUAAAAUGGAAAGACGCAUUUCGGUUCUACCGGUAGGACCGGUCAAAGUGCACCUUUAAAGGCUGUUCCAAAUAUUCAGGAGGGACUGAACCGAAAUGGUCCUUUCCAUUUGAAUUCUUGAAAAUUUUUUCAUUUAUCUAUUUUUUAUGCAGAAUGGAGUUACGUGCCAAAGCCUGAUUUCUGGGUGCAGCUCCCUCGGAAAUUUAAUGCCAAGCAAGAUAAAAAUAGUACUUAGAUUGCACUGUUAUAAAAUGAACACUAUUUCUAUCGUUGUGUAAAAUGGUUGAUUUUCGUGAUCUAAACCCAGCUGGAAGCUUUUAAAUAAGUCCGCUACAUGCUCUAGCAUGAUGUGGUCUUGACUUUGAAUAGCAAUAUAGAGCAUUUCUCAAAGCGUUCUAAGCAGACUAUAAGUAAUUGAUGGAAUGAUUGUAUAAACUUAAAUAUCUUUUGUGAGUACCUUUUUUGCAUGAUUUUUCCUGACCAGACCCUAGUUGUUAAAAAUGUGGAUAGCGCUAGCCACUGGGUAAAUCACUAUCCCGUUGAUAAGUGUCAGGUAAACCAACUGCGUUAUCCAAUGGAUAGAGAUUUACACGGCGGAUAGCGUUAUCCACCUUUUGAUGAACUGUUGCCUGGUCUAUAUGGGGAUUCAGUUAAGGUGGUCGCUCUAAGGUGUCCAUUCAGUGUCCUCUAGACAAAGCAAGCAAUUAAUGAAUCGAACUUAAGGUAUAUCUCUGACCAAAGGGCACAGGAGAGAGAGACCAAUAAAAUAAGUUUUAGAGAAAACCGUGUCUUCCCUUUUUACUGGGCUGCCUGUGCGCCCAGUCAUAAAAUGGGCUUUCGGUCGUCGGUGUCAAAAAGUGGUCGCCCGGGGGAGGGAAGACACGAGGGUCUGGUACCGAGAAAUGAUGUUCUCACAAAUGGUUUCAUAUGAGUUUCUCUUGCACGAACCCUGCACGGACACUUUUUGUACCUCGUCUGCGCUCCCCCUGAAAAACCCACAAAGCGUUGCGAACCUGAAGAAGGCUAUUUGCGUUGUUCGAAGCGAUUCGAUCAUGGGAGUCGCUCUAUAAUUUUUUUAUUGUUCGAGUUUAAGUCAGUUAGAUGAUGUUGGCGCUGGGAAACUCAGAGAAAUGCUCGCGUUGCAUUCAAACCGACACGCUGUUCACGGUAGGUUCACACUAAAAGAUGACUGUGAGCGUCAGGUUUGGAACGCCGUGGCCGCUUCGUGAACUCAAAGAGAGGAUUAUCGAUCGAUGUAGUACAUGAGCAAUUAAGAAGCACAAUUUAUGAGCAAGGUAUUUCACCAGUUGACGACACUAUGGCUGAUGACUUGAUUGUAAGCCUUCGUAGUCAGUGAAGCGAACAAUUCAGUUGCCGAUGAAUGGCACUACGCACGUCUAUGAGCGAGGGACGUGACAACUUUGCCAUGUUAGAAGACUGGCUUUUCCUUUAAAUAUUUCCUUCUAUUUAAUGAAACACACGCCACUUUGGAGGUCUAAAUUUCGGAUACUGAGGAUAAAGAAGACACGGUCAAAAAUAGGGACCCUGAGAAUUUCGCGCACAAUGCACAAGUUUAAAGCUUCACGGGAACAUCCCAUCCGGGAGCUUCACAGAGAGCGACUUGAGGAAAAUAGGAGCUAUUACUGACAAGGUUUGGUGACUGAGUAGAGCAUACAAGUGUAGCCCACGUCGAGGUUUCAGGGGGUUUGCUUUUGUUUGUAUUUGUAUCUUGCUAAGCUUUUAUCAUUAAAUUUGUACAUGAUCUUGUGAUCACAAUUCUGUGUUUUCGCCCAUUCAGCAAGCACGCUAUAUUGAUGUCAGCAUUAGCGAGUUUCAGAAACAUGCCUUUGAAAGUUUUUUAGCUCUCGUGAUGUCUCUUGAUAUUUCUUUUACCAUUUUAUGAAGAUGUUAACUGAAAUCACCGCAAAAUGGAAACUUAAAAAAGCGUAUAAUCCAUUUAUCUCGAAACAUAACACACAUGACUUAUACGACCUUUAUUUUCGUAAAGGUGUUUUGUAUACGAACGAACACAGUCAAUGUGAGGGGCAAAAACAGCAUUAAUAUAAAUGAACCAUAGGGUUUUAACUAAUAUAAGGAUCAAUUAUUGUGCAUUGAGAUGAAUCGCUUGAAAAGAGAGACUUCGCUUGAAGAUGUGAUCAGAAGUAAACAAAGGCAUAAUAGUGCGUCACGUUCAGUCUUUUUAAUAUCCAAGGAGUCACUGUGAAUAGUGUUUCCAUAUUGUUUAGCUGGCACAAAAACUUCGGACGAGUUAUAAAGCGGCAUAGUUAUCUUCCAUGAAGAAAAGUUAGUCUUGGGUGAGACAAACAGAACUGGAGCGAAUUUUUAACUCGCAUCGGUAUCAGGUAAAAAAUAUGUUAUCGAUCGUUUCAUCUAUUUACAUUGUUUGAAGUGCGUGCUGGUGAAAGCAACAUGCGAGCGAGAAGUCUUGAAACUUUUUUAGGUCUCAAAAUGCAAAGGAUUUUAUUCCUUUAAGUUAGAGAAAAAUACCGUGAGGAAAUCUUAAAACUGAAUAUUUUUCUUCUUGUGGAAAAAAUAAUGCGUUUUCUUGUAGACUGUGGACCGCAAAUUAGGAUCGCACUUUUCACAAACAUGCGAAUUCCGAAGUUCAGAAGCCAACCGACGAUUGCGUUUUUCGCUGGUGUCAAUCAUCUUAACGGACCUCUUAGGAAACAAAACUCUACUUCACGGGUUCAAAAGGUCAUAGUUUGUGAUUUGUGGAUUUCGAUCCGUUUUGUGUGUUUCUCUGUUUCAAGGUUCGUUGCUUUUGAUCGUAAUUAUGGGUGUGUUCCUUUCGGUGAAUCCAAAAACGGAUUUUAGAUCUAAGAACGGAUUUCGCGUUCCUUUCGGCAAAUCCAAAUCCGGAUUUUUGAUCUGGUGAAUCCUUUUUGAAAAAGGAUUCAUUGGAUUUGAAAUCCGAAGAAUCCAAAUCCAGAUUAACGGAUUAGUGAUCUACGCUGUUUCAUUCACAGUGGAUCCGAAAUUAGUCAGAUGAUCCAGCGGUAUUUCCAGUUGAAGUAUUCCCAUAGAGGCCGUAGAGUUUCCUCGUUGCUGUCAUUUGCCGCAAAAUAUCUGAAAACACUAGAAGAUUGUUCCUGGUACAUUAAAAUAUCCAUAUACUAACCAUUUGUCUCUAAAGAUUGCUUGAAAUCAGAAAUAAGUAAAAGUAACAAAUGGACUGCUAUCUAACUACAAACUCGCUUGUAGACGAGACAUGCACUCGAUCGUGUUACAUAAAAAAAUCCGUGUUAUGGAACUGGAUCAAACUAGCCGACAUUCUUUAGAUAAUUUUCAAUUUUAAGGCGCUUCUUUCUUUGUCUGUUUUAUAUCUUCCAUCGUCGCUAUUCGAACUGCCGACCACUAAAUCCUCCACGGUAUAAUCGCAUAAUUUGUCAAAGAGUAGAAAACACGUCAUUUUUUGAGAGGCUGUCGUGCAUAUUGCAUAUUGUAACAAGGUUACCAAGGUUACAAAUCCAAUUUCGGAUUUCACGUUCCUUUCGACCGCGAAAUCUGGCAAAUCUAGGAUCAAAAAUCCCUUUUUGGAUUCGCCGAAAGGAACACACCCAUAUGAUUGAAGGCAGCGAUAAACACAAUUGUGAAGGCGGCUUUUGAACUUUAGAGUUCGCAUGUUUGUGAAAAGCGCAGUAAAGUCUCCGUGCAGUCAGUGAGGCCCCUGGAUCAGGCGGGAUCAAUGGGCAGUUAACUGUCUGUUUUAGUAUACCUCUGGUUUUCAUAUAAUACAGUAUUUCUGUCUAGUGUAAAUCAGCUCAUUAUACUCGUAGAACGACAACAAUUUUUGUAAUUUCCAGUUACGUCAAGUUAUACUGUCACGCUAUAUUUUGGGGUACAGAGGUAUUAGGGGAGGGGUACGUGGAAAUAAUGCAAAUUGUUUCCUGCUUAGAAUUAAUGGCUAACUUGUUUUGUGUAAUAAGAUAAGAGGCCCCAGUUGUUCAAAAAAUGGAUAGCACUAUCCAGUGGAUAAAUUCCUAUCCAGCAGAUAGAUAUUAGAAAAAAAAGAUUUCUUUUCUCAAAUCCUACUUCCCAGUUCCAAGUUCCACUCUACUAUUCGUUGAAACACUAGACUGAAACUAAAGAUUUCUCAUGUCACGUCUGCUCAACUAGACUGCGCCACAGACGGAACCAAAUUCCUAUAGUAAGUCCGUCAAUGAAACAGCGCCAAAAUAAUCCUUGUUCUGGGCUCCCCGGGUACCAGGAUUUAAGAACGCGCCGAUAAGCCAGUGUUAAUUCACCAAUCAGCUUGACGGGAUAUUGGAAACGCACGUUGAGUCUGUUGGGGGCCCAGAACAAGGAUAUCGGCGCUAAUUCGCAGGCAUUUUUAUACUAAACUGACGGGGUUAGAUUACCUUUGCGACGCUUGCAACCUCUAAUAAACCAACUUAUCCAUCUUCUCCCGAAGUAUACUUCUCCUCUCGUUUCGUAAUGUUACGUUUAUUUGCAAAUGGGUGAUACGUGAAUCAACAUUAGAGAGGGCGUAACGUGACAAUUUUCAACAAACUUGACGAGUACUGUCUUUGGAAGCCCUUUAAAAGGGUCUUUAUAUUUGAUUUAAAGUACAGAGGAGAGGCGGUGGAGUGGCAGAUUUCAAAGAAGCACUAAACACCGGCUACAACUAAUUCUUUUUGGAUGCCCCAUAAAAAAGCACUUCAGAAUAUUAGUAAAAAGGAAGGGAAGUUUGUCUUAAAAUACUUUUGUAAGCAACAGAACGGUAAUUUGACGAGAAAUGCUAUUUGACGCUACUUGACGUUUUAAGUUGCCUUCAAGUAGCAUGUUACUAUGCGAAUGAUAAUUACAUUCUUAAGCUCGUGUCGGCCAUAAAGUACUAAAUGUACCUAACGUAUACUCGCUCAAAAACUGUAAAGGCCCGAAUAUUUUUUAUAUAUUUUUUAUAUUUUAUAUUUUUUAUAUAUUUUUUUUUAAUGUUAAAACAUUACAAAGAACUUCUAAACCCUAUCAGCUAAGGGUUCGAACAGAAAGCCAGCGAUUUUAGGUUACAAGUUUGCAAUAUGAAUUUGGUUGAGUAUUGAAAGCUGCUGCCACUAGAUCAGAAUUAACCCUUGACUACGUCUUCAAUUGAUGAACUUAAAAUAAUUGCCUCCUAAAAUGAAUUAACUCUUGACUGCUUGUUAAAUUCAUUAGCUUAAAUAAUAGACUCCAAAACUGUAAACUUUCCGUCUUCCUCGUGAAACAGUAGGUCGAUUUUAAACUCCGUCGACAAACCCUGAAUCUAGUCAACCUCUUCCACUCUAUCCCUAAACUUCCUAUCAUUAACGACACCUGAUUUUGAAUAUAAACGUUUGGUAGUAAGAAGUGACAAGUCCUUUUGGAGGCCAACGAUUCCUAAAAAAAUCGAACUCAUGAUAAAAGUCAACUCGAGCAAUAUUUUCCCUCAUCGUCUGGUUUCUUUUCAUGUUCGAAUUCGUCGGAAUUUUUGCGGAAACAUGUGAAAAGAUCGACGUCUGUUCGCGCAGAAAAAAAAAACGGGAAAGUUAUAAGUUUGAGAGACGUCGCUGGAGGUGCAAAGGGACCUGCGUGAGUCAACUAUAGUAACGUUUAAACCAUUUCCUUUUUUCAAGGUUCAAACAGCUAAAAUUGAUAGAGAAAUGCCAAUUUAAAUAUUUGAAAAUAAGCAAACACUUAAGGCUAUUCGAAUGCACAGUCGAUUUCGAAGCAGGUCCCUUUGAACGUUCACGUUUUGUUCAAUCUUUAUAUAAUAAUUACGAUGGGGUUACUUAGGCCUUGCGUUAACUUACUUUUUUGCCGCACGAACCGACAAUCGUAUAAACAGAUGCCUGCCAGCCGCUUUUAAGCUUAUAUGGUUAUUGAAGUAAAUUUUUGAACCAUUCCCUUAGGGAAGAAAGACAAGUUCAGUUUAGCAGGCCGGUGCUCUCUAACGGGCAGCGGCAUGUAGGUUUGUAUGUAUGUAAUGGGUUCCGGUCCUCGCUCCUACACUUUUACUUCCGCGAAGAGUUGCAAAAACCUAUCCGAUCUGUAAAGAUCCACUUUCAAGAUUACGGGCUCGGCGCAGCUUCCCUCUGUUUCAGAAAUCGAGCCAAAAUCCGGGGGGGGGGGGGCCAUCCGGUAUGGUUUUCGUGCCGGCGCAAGAGCUAUCCGAUAUAGUGUAAACAUAGCCUUAGGUGUUCGUAUACAUUUUUUUCAACUCGCAUACCUCUGAAUACGCACUAGUCAAAACAGGUGACUGACUGAUGUAUAUUAUUUUAAAUUCAAACUAAUUUCUUCGUUUCUGAUUGCCUCCAAUCCCAUGGUUAUUUCUUCGUAACCAGCUAGCGUUGACCAAAUUUGGAAGACAUCUGCAUUAUUGGAUUCGGCUUUCAUAUGGUAUGAAGAAUUAUGGAGAUCUCGCCUCGUGCUAAUCGGCCUAGGCCAAUAACACUCUCCUCGAUCUCCACUAUUGUCCAGAUCAUACUUAGCCUCAUUAAAUAAAUGUUAAUUAUAAUUCGAUGCAUAUUGUUCUCCCUUUUCAUUGGCCGAGAGCCCGCCACGUGACCUGCAAAUAACUGCCUACAAAUAAUGGUCUGCUCCUGCCCAAUGUCGUCUAACUUUAUUGGGCUGCAAAUAAUAUUCUGCUGAUACGUAAGAGAAACCACGCUUUUCUCCAUCUUGCGAUCACUCUCGCGUGAAAAUGGUAGCCUCCCGAAGAUAUUUAUCAAAAAACAAACUCGGUGACCGAAUGAUAAAACAAUUAUUGAACUCAGUUAUCGCAAAAUAUCGUGACUUGUCAGUGUCUCGCAGAUCAAUUAUUUGCCUCCGCCUUCGGCUUCGGCACUGACAAAUCACGAUAUUUUGCUCAACCUUGUCCAAUACUAGUUAAAUAUUCCACGGUGUCGUGGAAGGAACCACCAACUUCAUCACCCUUCUCCACAAAAACUACUCAAUUAAGACUAAACAAUAACACGCGAUUCAAAUAGUGACAUUCGGAAUAGACAAAAAUUCAAGUCAAAAUUUGAAUCAGAGAGACGUAAUUUCUUAACAAAGCCCAGAAGAGACGACGUGAUUUCUUGAAACAGCAGUGUUUGAUGGGAAGGAGCAAUGGAGUAUCAACAAAUACCCAGUUGAACUUUUCCAAGAUACUUGCGCCACUUUCUCGACCAAUUAAGAAGAAAAGCAAACUAGUCAGAUCUCGCUGGUAGGUGCACGCAGUGGUCAACUCGAGACUGCAUGCGUGACGCUUAUAUGUCAAAAUAGAUUUUGAAGAGAUCCGACGACUAUUACAUGUUUGAGAUUGCAUUGUAAUUUUGUCCAUUUUUUUAGUUCUAGCGGAGAGAGAAGCAAGGACUUUGGUAAUGACUGACAGAAUUAUUAGAGGCUUGUGUCUGUUUAAUCAAACUUACGUCGCGUCAAGAUUGUUGGCGUUAUUCCUCAGUGUUUAUUGGCGCAUAGAGUCGGAAAUAAACGCAUAUAGUAUUUAUCUUUAAAUUCUGAUUGGUUUAUCGGACUGACUGGUUUUGGUAAACUAAAGGCUUUAAUAGCAAAUCAUGUUGAGACCGUCUGGACUGAUCACCCAACACUGUUAACUUAUUGACAAGUGCUGACAUAACCUUGGUUCACAUGUAGGCUUUCGUUUAACGUUGUCUCGUCUCUCCUUUGUUCUCGAAAACAAUUGAUCGUGUUUACCCUGUUUGAAUAGUUUGUUUAAUACUUUUGGAACAAGGAUAUGAGCACAUAAAGUUACAGUAUUGAUUUACCGAUGGCAGCCAUAGGGUCUGGUUUUUGUUCUAAGAUAAUCGCAAUUUAAUUCUUAAAACGUUGAGGCUCUUCGAAACACCUCGCACAUAAGUGUUUAAUUGCUUCUAACAUUUGCCAAAUUUUUUUAAUUAUGCCAGAAACUAUAGCAGUUGCUUGGUGUUCAAAACGUUGUGAGAUGUUUAACCCGCGAUCACAUGGAGUAACUCGUCAUAGCUCUUUAAAGUGGAAAUUACUCAAAGAAAGUUAGUCAGAAUGUGAACCUGAAUCGCUACUCUCAGAGUCAUGGCGACCUACAUCAACCUGAAGAAACAAUGUGUCGUGUUCAACAUAGCGCCGGGUUUUUAACAUCUUGUGAGAUAUCAACCUGCGGAACCCUCGAAGCAUGGGGUUUUCUUCCACCGUAGGCCGACCCGAAAAACAGGGCGUUUGAUCGGGCUCCAAUACUGCUACAACAUUUUUCCUUUGCGAGGCAUCAGGUUGUUGGUCGAUAACCCUAAAAGUAACUACAUCACGAAAGGGCCAAGGAAGAAUGGCGUCGUAAUCGCCUUUCAUAAUACCAACAAAUACUGACAGGUAUCGGUUCUUGUUUGUUUGAUCUCCAUCUGGAUCGACGCGUACAUUUAACUUGUAGCCUUGUUUUCCUGUGUAGAAUUCAGCGAAUAUACUUUUAGUGUUUCCAUUCUUAGCCAGCUUUAAGACGUCGCUAAAACCAGUUAUCUUCCACACAAAUGGAGACGCACUGGUUAAUCUCGCGACCACUUUGGCUUGCGAAUCCACCUUAGAAUUCAGAGCGAUAUUGGCAGCUUUCCACUCUCUCUUAUCAGCAUCGAUCUGAGCACUAAGAGCAGAAUUAAAAGUCGCCAGUUCGCUGUUUUGCGCAUCCACCUUGGACACGAGGGCUUCUACCUUGGAAGUGACAAAUGAAUUAGUUGCUUCAAGUUUUUCGUUGAGAGCAGCAUUAGAUUCUUUCAAUUCUCCCACUUGCUUCUGCAGUUCAUCAAGCUUCGUCAUCGUUUCUUUAAAUGUUGAACACGUUAAGGCCAGAUGAAGUCUCGCCGUAGACUGGAGAUGAGCUUCAACUUUGUUUCGCUUAAUCUGAUUAUUAACCAUCAAAAACAAAUUAAUAACUUAACGCUUUAAUUGCGCCUCAUGGCCAGAGUCAAGUUUGUUCUAAGAAAAAUGCUUGAGUAGAAAUGUUCCUUCCAGCCCCCAAACACUGGUAAAAACGGAAUACGGGUAUUUACACGUACUCAACGUCUUAUCGAGUACAUGCAACUUAAUAUUAAAGUUCAGAAUAUAACGCGCACACAAAUUGGUUUAAAAAGUAUGGUUUAUUUAAGCAAUAGAUCACACUUUCUAUGGGUUUACCUGUGUGAUAACCCACGCGGGAUGGUGGGAGAACACGAAAAUAGCUUUUAAAUCACGAGCCGAAGGCAACAUCCCAAGUGGGUUAUCAAGUCGGUAAACCCAUAGAAAGUGUGAUCUAUUGCUUUUAUAAAAUAAAAGUUUUCUAUGAGUUUACCGGCACAAUAAACCAUAGGUUUUUAACCAAUCAGAACGCGCGUACUAUCUUACUUAUUUUAUAAAAGAGUAUAAAACAAGGAGCUAAAGAUGUCACGCCAUUCGUGAAUCUCACCAUACCGCGGUUUUGAAACAAGAACAAAGUUUCUAUGAGUUUACCGGCACAAUAAACCAUAGGUUUUUAACCAAUCAGAACGCGCGUACUAUCUUACUUAUUUUAUAAAAGAGUAUAAAACAAGGAGCUAAAGAUGUCACGCCAUUCGUGAAUCUCACCAUGCCGCGGUUUUGAAACAAGAACAAAGUUUCGCAAUUCAGGGUAAAAAAUACACCGGAAAAAAACACAAAUGAAAAGGGAAAGUUCAAAUGAAUGCUCGGUUUUCUUUUUUGCGAACAAAGGAAAGCUUUUGGUUACGAAAUUGUCCUUCGAGGAAUUUUCUUCACGGCGAAGCACCAAAUAGCCUGUUUUGAAAUUCAACCAAGGCAACGAAGUUUUCGAGGACUUUCAGCGUUACAUUUUUUUAACUCUGUGGUCAAGAAAAUUACGUUUUUAAAAGGGAAUUUAUGUAUGUAUUAAUGUUUCACAAACGUGUAGAAUUUUGCCAUGUGCUCAUUCGAAUUUUCUUGCUUUUAAGGAUUAACUUCUUAGUUUUUGAAUACAAAUUUUAAAGAAAUAACUUCUCUGUAUAUUGUUUUGAGUAUGUUCAUUCAUAAAAUUAGCUCAAACCCGAUCGCAAAGGCGUCAACGAAUCUUCAGUUAUACAUUUUUACUCUCAGGCUCUGUUUUUUGGGCACUUUUUGAUACGAAGCUAAAGCAAUUUGUUUUCAAAUUGUCAUGAUGUUAAUGACGUCCACGUUUUCAUGGGCCGUAAUACGUGCCAGAUUGAAAGCACUAUUUUACUUUCAUAAACUUAUUUUUGGACGUCAAAUGUACAUUCUUUUGCAUUGACAUUCACAGAAAAUCCUCCUAGUUUCUCCUUAUGAUACAUGUAGCUUUGGUGCUCUGACAGCUUUGAACGAUUUUGUCUUAUUCAACCAAUCAAAUCAUUUGGCCCAUUCUUAAAAGGAUUGUGAUUGGCUGAUUUAAUAUUUAACGGAUUCUUUAUCUUAAAACAAAUAAAGAAUCUAACCCUUGACUGUGCUCUGUUUUGUUGUAAAACACUCAAGAAGUAGGGACAAACAGUCGACUACGUCUCGUGUUUCCUCCUACACUUCUAGCCGCUUCAUGCGCGCUUAAACACAGCACAGUCAGGGCUUCUCCAGCUUCUCUAUUUGUUAAAUAGAAUAUAAUAAUGCAACAUUUUGCGCUGAUAGAUACUGCUACAAGUUCCCGUGUUCAAAGUCAUUUGUCUUUUGUGUUCUUCAUGACUUAUGAGGGGCACCCGACGAGAAUAUAGUUCAAAACUACACAAACAUAGCCUUGUUGAACGUAUUUUAGUAUUUAAACGGUAGAUAUAGGCAUAUUUUUAUCCCCUAGAAAUUUUUCAUCUGUUCCGGUUUCCUAGCUGAAAGUCUAGUGAUCCGAAAAUUACAGGGAUCAAAACUUACCUUUUGGAAAUUUCAGCCAGAAAAAAAGCUCCCGAAAAUUCUUUUUAGGGUAAAAAUCCGUUAAAAAUGGGCAAUUAUACCAUUUUUUAGAUGUUCGAAAAUCCUAGGAGAGGCAGGUAAGCAAGAAAUUUUACAGCAAAUAUCCCGAAAAUUCUAGAUCUCUAAUCGUCUUCCGAACAGAUAUUUUCCAAAAAUUGACGUUGGGUGCCCUUGACUUAUAUGAACGAGUUCUUUUGUUUUAGGUACCUGCAUCCAUAAAGGUAACAUUUAACUAAAGUAACACAGACACAAUAUGCGUAAACAAUGCACAUACCAUUUCUUUACAGCCCAUCAGAGCAUAAGGACAGGGGACCACUGUCAGCGGACAUUUGUUUUCAACGUGAGACUUGAUCUAAAAAGAUUUUAGACCGACAAGUCAUGUGUAAAUGAACCUUCUUGAUCUACAAAAUUACGCACAAAAUCACGUACAAAAUCGCCCUCGGCUUUACACGUCGAAUGUACUUACUUUGUUACGAGCAAGAAAUGAUCCACAGACAUUGGGACAUUUUAGCAGUUUCCUUUUACAAUGAUCAAAGUGGUUCUGCAUAGAUGAAAAUAUAAACAUGACGCAUGUUUUCUUAUUAUAUAAACACCAAUGAAAUACCAAGUGAGCUUUCGCACGAAAACUUGAUAUCUUCACUUGUGAAAAUAACAUGUUAUCUUCACAUGUGAAAAUAUCACCGUUGCUAUGACUUCACAAUAAACCGCAUCUUUCAGACCAAAAAACUAUUUAAGUAAAGUGGUUUGGUAUUUCAUUGGUGUUUAUAUAUCAAUAGAAGGUUUUCACAGUGACGUUAUCAAAUUGUUGAGUUAAAACAACCAGGUUUUACGAAUUCUUAUUUACACUAGGUUGAAGAUAAAGUUUCCAUUCCCGUAGCAUGUUUCAUUUCGAAAAUACAGCAAUUUGAACUUCCGAGUUUUUCACAGUGCGUGACACCGAAACAGGAAUGCUGUCUCGUUGAAAAAAAGUCUCUCCUCUUGAUUUCAGCAGUAUAACCAUUUAAAGUAUUAGAAGAUAUGUUUAUGCGCACGUAGGCUGGUGUUCGAGUGAAAAGAAAGAGCUUUUAUAGAAAAAGUGAACUCCAGAUGUUUUUGUUGAUUUCCGGCGGCCAUAUUGGUGGACCAAAACGGUACACCAAUAUGGCGUCUCCAUACAAAGCUCUACAAAGGUGCGUGGAACGUUUCGGCAAAUAACUCAGAAACUGUGGGCCACAAAGACCUGAGAUUUGGACAAAUUGUUUAUAUAUUAGUCUUCUGUAACAUUUCAUUUUCUCGGCGUCUUCCACUGGACGGUUUCUAAUUUAUUUUUUUGUUGCAUGACAGUGAAAACGAUCUAUAUAUUUUAUUACCCUUUAACUAACCUUCGCCUUGUUUAAAUUUGCCUACCCACGUGCACGGUCACAUGUUGCCAUUUGUAUGUUGAGGAACAAGUUAUAAUUUAUUAUAAUUUAUUCAUGGCCAGUCUUUAUUAUUACAGGUUCCCUUGUCAAUUCAUAUAGUUGUCCUAUGAAUACCAAUUCAUGAUUAGAAUAAGUAAGGUGUUCGUUUAUCAACAUAUUUGAAAAAUAAAAAUCCAAGCUGUUAUUUUGUCUUGAUGUAAAGGGAAUAAGAUAAAAAACUGUCCACAUCUUGCUUUAUAGAAUAAAUACUUGUACUGGACUGAACACCAGAUGUCAUCAUGGGAAGUAUGGCCCAAGCAACUUUGGUAAACAAACAAAAACCUCGUUCCCAGGAUUCUCUCUCUUGCUUCGAGAAAGAACCCUGGUUGCGGCUGGUCACGUGGCUCCCAAAAUCUGGGAGCCAAAAAUAAGGGAGGGGAAGAAGAGUAGAUCAUUGUCACUGUGACAAAGGCUAUUCAGUCCGGGCCCGAGAGGAGUUUGCCACCACGUUUAUUAUUUGAAAAUGUUGACAACACCCAAAAAAAUAGUAUAGGUAAUGUAUAAUGCAAAAGAGAGAACCCUGGGAACGACGUUGGCUAUUCACUUGGUAUAUCGUGCACCGGCCGAUAAAUUGACCAAAGCCGCCUGGGUGGUGAUUUAUGUACACAUGAAGUUUGCAUUUUCUUUCUCAAAUAACCUGUUUUUCUUUCAAAAUAAUUUUACGGAACUAGCCGAAAGCAACGUGGUUUGCAAACAACGCAGAAACUCAAGCGCCAUUUUGAAACAAAAGUUUUCUCCCUGCCCCAGAUAGUAUUAAAUCGUCCAGUCGACAAAAUUUAGUGAAGGAUCGACAUAAACCUACUACGCCAUUUAUUGACACACAUCUCCACAUGACCAGCGGCAACCAGGGUUCUUUCUCGAAGCAAGAGAGAGAACCCUGGGAACGAGGUUGAACAAACAAGCCUCAUUCACCUACUCUUUUAUGUACCCAGCUAGUUCAAAUUUUUUAGUGAUCAUGGAAGACUAGUACACCGGUCCUGCCAUAGCCUGUGUGGCAGGUGCAAAAAGGGGAGGGGGAGGGGGAAAGAGAAAAAAGUGAAAGUGGAGGAAAGGGAAGGGAGCCUCCCUUACCCUGUCUCCCCAAUCCUCCUCCCUUUUUCCCUUCCCCCCUAUCCCCUACCCAUUUCAAUGCCUGCUACGCAGGCUAAUCCUGCCACAGUAUAGUCAAUCUAAAUUAUUCAAAUUCAAAAUUUUACUCUUCAUUUGUUCACUCAACAUCCUGGGGGAGGGGAAACACCCUCUAUGAUGGCCUAUAAGGGGUGGCUCUGCCCAAAAGGGGUACCUUUCACUGGCUUCAAGAAUAUGAAAGGGUAGCUAGGGAAACAGAUGCAUGCAUAUAUGAUGCAUUUUAUGGCUGUGAAAAAGUCUAGAAAAUGUUCUGGUUUUGUGAUUUAUUCCUAUUUUAAAGAUAUUGCUUUUACAGCAGUUAAAAGGGACGCAAAGUUCUAAACUAGGUAUGUGAAACGGUUAACAUUUGUUAGCAUACUGUCCAAUACCCCAACAAAUAUAUGCAUGGCAUUGUUAACUUUCUCUUUGUUUUGCUUUGUUCCUUAUUGUUAUGCCUUUGUACAAUAUUGUAUUGUGAAUACAAUAUAAUACAAUGCCAUGCAUAAAUUUGUCGGAGUAUUGGACUUUAACCCUCUACGAAAGGGGAACCUUUUCUGUCAAAACUGGUAUGUAAAAGGGUAAAGGGUUGGGCAUCGGGACAGAGGCUAUGCAUAUAAAACUUUCUUGAGUACACCUCCUCCUCCCCCGCCCCCCUCCCACGACUUAACAAAAAUUCAAAGUAGCCUGGUUGCUUAGCUCAUUUUAAUGUGAAAGCUGGCUAUGGCUAAUAAAUUCACAAUGUAUAAAUGGAGAUUCUCACCUUUUUCUCUCUCAGUUCACCAGUCCAAUCACAUCCAGUAUUUGGACAUCUUAUGAAUAAGGACAGAAUCUUCCUCCCAGUUGCUUUAUCAGGGAAGAUAUCCUACAAAAAAUUAUUCAGAUUUAUAUCAUCUGAUCAUUUUUUGCAUUUUAAAUAUAAUUUCCUGAAUUAUUUUUGUCAUAAAUUAUUUUCCUCACAUUAAGAUAACGAUCGUCUGCACAAUCAGAAUCUACAUGUUACAGGUUAAAAUUAAAUUCAGGUAGAAAUUUUGUAACCUAGGUUGAUUCUGAAUUUCCUUUGUGUCCUGGCCCUAAGUCAUGAAUAAUUAGGGCUAGCUGGAAACAAAGGAGAUUGAGAACUUAGGUUUGAACUUAAUUUUGACCUGUAAUUAACAUACACAUCAUAUCCAAGAAGUAUUAUUACUGUAUAUAUUCAAAACAUUUCUGAUUGGCUCGGACCUUCAAAUAGGGAGAUAUGAAAUGACCCAACUUGUCCUGGCAUCUCUAAUUCUUGCUUGAGACUAACUGGUUUAUGUGUAUAUAACAAGGGAUGACCAAAUUUGGAAGACAUAUAUGAUAUCUGGAAAAUGACAUUAAUAGUAGAGGGUAGCAUUUAUGGCAUUUUGUGGUGUAAAUAUAUAUUCUCAUUCAAUGAUAGCUGAAGCAACUGGCAAAGCACGGCACUUGGCGCAAAACACACACACACCUCUGUGCGUUUUCAUUGGGUGUACUAUUUUAAUUCUCACUUGUUAAAAAACAUUGUUGACAAUAAUUACUCUGAUUGCACCUACAACUCUUCUUAUGUGUAAAACACAUAGUUCUCUUUUCUGAGUGGCCAGAACUCAUUUGCAUCAUGAGAGUUUCAGAAAUAGGUUUUAAGUAGCUAUAUCUCAUUAUGUAUAUAGCAAUCGGUUCAUAACUAGUUUCUACAAUGUGAUAUUUUACCUUACAGUGUGUAAGCCCCUCUCGAUCAACAGGACAGUUGACAACUUGCUGUUGACUUUUCUGCCUGUUGAUAAAAAUUUUUAAUCUACAUGAUGUACCCUUGACACUUAAAAACACAAAAAAAAUUGAAGAUUUUCUAGGAAAGUAUUGAUCCUGAAAUAAUGCUAAUUUGAGCCAAGAAGUGAUCAUUCCUGUGAAAAUACAGGUGACUCCCGAUAACUCAAACCUUAGCUUCUAGGGAAAUCGAACAAAGUUUGAGUUAAUCAGGAGUUCGAAGCAAAUAACCAGAAGUAGGCAAAUAAGCAAAUAGAUGAGGAGGGAAUGCAAGUAUCAUGCACACUUCACAGGGAUGGAGGCUGAAUUUGAACGGGCCGAGAACAAAAAAAGUAAUGACAAAGAAUUGACACAGUUGUUUUGAAUUAAAUUUGGUACUUUUACUUCUAUAUACUAGUACACCGUUUUUUUUUUCCAACUUGUCAGAUGCUCAAAACAGGGUUCGAGUUAUCGAGGGUAAAAUUGUAUAAAUAAUCUGAAGGGAAACAAAAAUUUCUUCGAGUUAGUGGGGGUUUGAGUUAUCGAGGAUUUGAGUUACCGAGGGUAAAAUUACAUUGUAUGAAGGAAAUUGAAUUUGGUUCGAGUUAGUGCAAGUUUUGAGUUAGUGAGGGUUCGAGUUAUUGGGAGACAACAGUUCUUUUUCACAUGGGCAAAAUUAGGAAUACCUUAGCGAUAUCUGCUUAUCUGAGCUAGUUGACCAUAAAUACAGUUAAAAAACUCUCACUUUCUACAGCUUGAAAAGUACAGUAAUACCUGUAAAAAAAAACAUGAUCCAAAUCAAUGAGGGCAUACAAAUUUCGCUAAGCAACAUGAUAAGACUGGUGGUGGUCAAACGUUAAAUAAAAAAUGUAAAUAAACAAUAAAAAAAGUAAAAGCAGCAAUAAACAAAUGUGCAAUGAAACCCAGUCAUUGGAUAGCAAGAAGUAAAAAAUUAAGGGAAAAUUAAGGUUAUGAAUAAGUCAAGUAUUAAGACAUCAAUUCAGAUUAUUCACAAUCCUAUAUCACUGAUAAGGUUAAAGGAGACAUUUAAAACAAAAACAGAGAAUAAACCCCAGUGGGGGGGGGGGGGGCACUACCUUAUUUGGCCGAUACGGGUAUGUGCUGCAAAACAGGGUAUAGAUUUGAAGGUUUUUAGUCUUCAGGGUAUAAAAUUACACUAUUAAGGGUCACAGAGCGUCUUUUUGGACUAAAAGCCUUUCAAAGAGUGUGAAGACUUGCGAUAAGCAUGAGCGAUCGACAUUUGCAAUACCAAUAUUUCUUUUUCCUAAAUAACUCUUUCCACGAUUUUAGUGCGAAAAAUUGCUUAAUUCUGUAUGCAAAGCAAAACAAAACAAAUCAGGGUUAGAAAGUAGCGUCCCCUGUAAUUUUUUGUCUUAAACAGGGUCGAGGGCUGAAGGCCUCGGCGGCACAGCUCUACCCAGACUUCAAACGAGUGCCCCGCGGGGGUAAACAUAAACCGCAAUAUUUUCAUCUCGAGCAGCUGCAUUUGCCCCUAACAAAACCACUGACCCGAAGGAAACAUUAAUUCUCGAUCCAUAGAGCACCAAUUUAAUGGGGGUUUAUUAUUACUUUUUUUUUUUUAAGCGAAAAAAAAAAGAAGAGUAACAAACCUCGCAAUGUGUCGGUCGAGACAUUCCCUGCAGAAUCUGUGACCACAUCUGGUGAGAACCGGUUCUCGUAAAGCCAAAUAACAAAUUGAACAUUGCAGAUCUUCGUCAAUAGGACUCACAAAGUCCUCAUCAUAGCCACAAGGCAUUUCAGAGUUAUCACGAUCAGUCAGCUCUUCCACCAUCUUGCCCUGUUCGCCCUGUUGUUUUAUACCUUCAUCCAGUGAAUCAGCCCGGAAAUGAUCAGCUGAUAUGACAAUAGAAGUUCAUGGGCCAUACGAAAAUCACGAGAAUCGCCAGAAUCACGACCCGAAUGAUUCAAUCCUGUGAAUCAGCUGAAAUAUCAGUAAUUUUUCGACUGGCAAUACGAGAGUCACGAGAGUAACGAGGAUCACGGGCCAAAUGCAAACUUAAACACCCCUACGCUGGCUACUAAUUCAUGGUAGUCCCCAUAUAGACUCCCUAUUAUCAUAUCUCUUAAAGAAAUAUACUAAGUCACAUACCAGUCACAUACCCUUUAAUAUACAUCCUGUAUAGAGUGUUUUCACUCACGUGGCUAGCAUAUAUGCAAAUUUUUUGGAACAAAAGAAAGCGUUUGCAUAAGAAAGGAGUUCAACUCCCACAGGACUGGUUUGGGACACCAACAUGGCCGCCGUUUUAUUGUUUUGGGACACCAAUAUGGCCGCCGUGACGUCAUGUGAAAACACUCUAUACCAUGUAUACACCUGUAUGUGCCCAGAGGAGUGGGGAAUUUUAUCUUCGCCUGGGAGUGGUGGCGAAUUUAAACCGGAAGCGUCAAGUUUUUUGUGGCUUUUUUGUACGAUCCGGGUGACCGGGUCUACGUGGGUCUGACAACGUGGUUCGAUAUAGAUGCGAUCUUUCUCAUAGUUUAUAUAGAGAGAGGAGUUAAACGGUAAAACCACAGCAUUUUUAAGAGAAUUACUUGACCAAAGAGUUUAGCUUCGGACAAGAAUAUUCAGGAGAUGAGCGUUGGCGUCUUGUAUAUUUCUUUUUGUAAAGGGUGGAUAAGAUGUCAUUUGCUCAUUAAGUUGUUCUGUGGGUGAGGCAACGGCGGGGGUUGUACGUUGUAACUGAACAAAAGGCAGAAUUUUUUUUCGCACUUUAUUACUUUGUAGUGGCCGACUUCCGUUCAGCAAAUUAAACCUGCGAAGUAAUUUCUUCAAUGAGAUCGUGAGGGCUGUCUCUACUACGAAGGCGUGUGAGUUAACUGAGUAGUUUAAACUAUAAGGUCUUCACCUUGCAAGAGCUUUCUGAUCUUUUUUGGAGCUGAGUCUUUCGAGAAAUUUCUAGUCAAGGUGCAAAGUGCACUUCCCAUGGCGGAUCUGGAAGUCUGCUGUGAUUGGUCUACGUUUCUUACCGCUCGAGGCAGCAGACGUUUGUGAGGCAGGAACGCAUGACGAUCCCCUAAGAAAGUCUGGGUGGGAGGCUGGUUCCGAUCCGGCUAUUCCAUACGAUCGGGUUUUUCCCGGUAUAUGAAACUGACAAGGUUGCGCUACCCAAACAAACCCGGGAAGAGGAGGUCACGCAUGCAAGACCAUGGAUUAAAACGUGAUUUUUCUUUAGCUGCUUGACCGGUUUAUAAACUCUUACUCGAUGGAUAGGGAACAGUGCAGGGCAGCAAAAUUUUCCCUUUUCUGUAAAAUUUCUUUUGUGAACCCUCGGCUCGACUCUUGCGGAAACAUGUGAAAGGAUCGACAACUGUUCGUGCCAAAACUGAGCAACUGGAAAGUUACUGGCUUUAGGCUAAAUAAGUAUCCACUAACAAUGAACAGAAACUUGUGAGGUUUUUCGAAGACAGAUUAGAGCCUUUUGAAUAGUACUUAAACGGUAUACUUAGGGACUGUGGAUAAUUAUCUAAAGGGGAGGUUAUAAAAAUGGGAAGAGGAGAAAGAAUGUUAAGUGGUAGAGGAGUUCUCGCGCGCGAAGCGGGCGCAGCGGAGCACCAUUGGUAAGAAAAUGAAGUAAUCUACCCCUCCGAUAAAAUUUGGUAAUCACGUGACCGUACGCCCGCCCGACCGUCUGUCCGUCCUCACCACAGGCAUACCAUUGUAAGACAACUCAAUCAACAGGUAUGGCGACCCAAAUGCAACUCGCGGUUAUUUUGGCGGGAAAUCGCUUACUAAAGAGUAAAUAAAGACGAAAACGGAAAGCGGAAAUUGUUUCUGUGUCCGUGUUGUCUAAAGUAUUAACCUUCGAUUCAUUGUCCACAAAUUUGGAAUAUAGAGCAAGAGAAGGACAGAGAAAAAGUGAAAGUAAGCGGCGGCCAGGGAAGCUCAACGAGAAAAAGGGCGACAGAGAUCUAGAGCAAGAGAUAAAAAACAAAAGAGACAUUUUUUUGCUGGAAGAGUAACAUGAAAAUUUUGUGGCCGCGGUGACAAAGUGAGAAAUGCUAGCGGCCACCAAUGCGAAGUGAAAAUGAGCGGCAGUGGAAAAAAAGUGAACGAGAUAGCCUGCGUACUGGAAAGUGUUUCCAUUUGGUUUCGGAGCAAAGAAAGACCGGUUUUGGCCGCGCGAGAAAUGAAAUGAGAGCCAAAAAAUGAAAGAGGGGGGAGGGGGAGGGGAAGGAAGGAAACGCUUGCAAACAAACCCCUCGAUUUUGAAAACCUGCGUUCGCUGGCAGCGACUGAUUGGCUCGGCUAGUCGAACAAUAUUGUAUGUGUCGAUCAAAGGUUUGUGUCAUACUGAGAGGUCAUUUAUGGUACGUGACACACACGCUGUGAUUGUUGUUUAGUCUGGUCGGCAAGAUUUACUCUCCUUCUUUUAAACGCAAAACCCUUCUUGCGACUAAAUAAGGGUAUCAGGUCGUUUAAUUUAUUCUCCGAAGUACCUCUUGGAUCUGAAUAACUAAAAUCGACAGCUGUUGACAGCAUCAAAUGUAGGUGCGCGCACUCAGGCAUGGCAGGCCAAGUGGACGGGUUUCAAAAUCCCGGGGUUUGUCUGCAAGCGUUUCCUUCCUUUCUUCCCCACCCCCUCUCCGCUCUUUUACUUGUGCCAUUUUUCGCGCGGUCUUUGACUCUCGUUCCUCGUUCUUUGCUUCUAAACCGCAGGGAAACGCUUGCUACGCACGCUAUGAACGAACACGUACGAAAUUUCCUCCAUAAAACGUGUGUCACGUUGUAGUCGCGCAAAACCACGGCAAAGAAAUGUACAAAGAAAGUGUGCUGCACAUGCAAAGUUGCUUUUAUGCUAAUUAAACCUAUUGUUAUUUUUCACCGUUCUCCGGCGUUGCCUUCACCGCUUAGCAUUACGCGAUUUUAUAUUUUGUUUGAACAAACUAUAACUAUUAUCGAACGCUUCGCUUUUAACCCUGGCUAAAUCUAUUUAGUAUAUACUAAAACAGUGGAUAGUGUUUUUCGCGGGCUCUGAUUGGCUACUCAGUCAGUGAAUAUCCUGCACUUUUUGUGCUCAAUUAUCUCACUGCUUUAGUAUAUACUAAAACAAUUAUUCACCUCAGUGUCGGUGGCCAAACAUGUCCAGCUUUGGCUAUAAAAACCGCUACUAUACUUGAACUAGUAAGUAGAGAAGAGUAGAAAAGUAGAAAAGAGUUAGAAGAGUAGGAAGAUUAACAUUGUUAGCAGAAGUCAAAGAAGAAUAAAGGCCAAGAUGUAAAUCACUGGUACCUCAUCGUGUAGCGAUCGAGUUGCUCGAACACACCCCCACAAUAGUUUCAAUUUUGCCUUCAAACGUGGGUGGAACGAUUCCUCCGCCCCCCCACAAUCUUAGUCCAAGUGACCCAAAUCCCAGUUCUCAUUUUACCCUUUAGGACCCCCUUAAAAUCAUGACAUACGGGAACGCCAGAGAACACAUUUUUUUUCAUAUGUCUUGUCAGUUGUCCUGUCCCCAAUAUCCCUAUCCUGUUAGAGGUCACGCGACGAGGAUAAAAACUUCCCUUGUUGUUUGAUGUUUUAGAGCUUCGAGGAAUUUUACCACAUGGAGAGGAAACAUAGCAGUCAAGCAAAAUUUUCCGUUAUCGUCUGGUUUCUUUUCACGUUCAUUUUUGUUGGGAUUUUUGCGGAAACAUGUGAAAAGAUCGACGUCUGUUCGUGCAGAAAAAGCAACGGGAAAGUUAUAAGUCUGAGAGACGUCGCUGGAGGUGCAAAGGGACCUGCGUGAGUCAACUAUAGUAACGUUUAAACCAUUUAAAAAUAAGCAAAAACUUAAAGCUACUGAAAUGUACUGUCGAUUCCAAAGUAGCUCCCUUUGAAUGCUCAAGUUUUGUUCAAACUCCAUGAAAUAAGUGGGAUGGGGUUACUUCAGUCUUGCGUUAACUUACUUUUCUGUCGCUCGAACAGAGAAUCGUAUAAACAGAUGCCGCUUUUAAGCUUAUAUGGUAAUUGAAGAAAAAUUUUGAACCAUUUCGAUUGGGAAGAAAGACAAGUUCAGUUUUUCUUUAUUAUGCUCCGUCCUAGAUUACUUUUUCCUGUGUGUUUGUGUUACGUUUCCUUGUACUGAUUUACUGAUACGUGAUAUGGUGGCAUCGACUGUUGACCCACGUUAUUGACCCCUUUUAUGACUGAAAGUUUGGCUGCCUCAGGUAGUGUGCAGGUCCUGUGUGCACCAGACGUAGUUAAUCGAUAAAACGAUAAACGAUAAUAAUCGAUAAUAAUCGAUGUCGAUCAUCGAUGAAUAUCGAUUUCCUAUAUCGAUCGAUAGAAAUCGAUAAAGAAAAAGUUGUGACUUCGAUUAAUGUCGAUGAUUUUCCGAUAAAAAUCGAUGAUGAUUUAUUCAUCGAUAGUUACAGAUUACUAUCGAUUCAUAUCAAUCUUAAUCAAUUUUGUUAAUCGAUAAUAAUCGAUAAAUUAUUUUUUCUGUGACGGCGAUUUCUAUCUUUUUCCGAUAUCAAACGAUAUUAAUCGGCGGAUUAAAUAAUAUCGCUUAAUUUCAGAUAUCGAUUUUUAUCGAUUAAUUGCUUCUGGAUUGUUAGGGUGCUUUUAAUUGGUAUAUAAUUAACAAACCAAGCGCCUUCUUUGCUAUGUACAGCUGACCUGGCCAAGUAGCCGACUGACUAUGCGGGUAUAAAUCAGUUUGUUUUAAGUGAGUGUGAGGUCUAAAAUGUUUAUCGGUGUGAAUUAAUCUUUCAAUUGCUUACCUGCUAAACUUCUCGCUAGAUUGGCACAAUAUUUGGCCUUUAAAAACGUCCAGUCUAAUAACCCAUGCGUAUCGAAAUCAAAAAAGCGUGUCGUUGACGUAACGUUCGAUCCUGAAAGCGAAAAUUUCCCGGUGACACGCGGAAUAGAAACCUUUGUUUUUAUCAACUGUUGACCGUCCAAUCGGAUAUCGGACGUGAUUUCUGCAAAAAUAAAGAAGUGGGUAAUCUCAACCUUGUUAACAGAAAUGUCAGAUUUUCCUCCGCUGAAUUCCCUACCCUUUCAUUUAAUAGCCUGCGAACGGCAGACGUUUCUCCUCGCUCAUCGCCGCUGAAGAACGGUUCUUGAGGAGGAACGUCUGCGACUGAGCGACAGAAAUUCCAUACUGGUGACACAAAAUCUGCCCGGAAUCCGGUCAGAAGCGCUAACUGGUGGACGGAUUGUUGUUUUAGCUACCGGAUUUAUUAUGUAAACUGAUUAAUUUACGUCAUCAGUAUGAAAUUUUGCUCCUUAGAUUUGAUAAUUUGAGGAAGGUGCUAAACUCACUUAGAACGGUUGUGAUUCCUAUUUCGCGACUACUUUCAAUCGGCUCUUUACGUUCCCUUUUCUGCUAGUUUUGCUUUUCCCGAAGAUUCUAUUCAAAUAAACUGUUAUGUCUUGUCUGUCUUUUAUUAUAUGGCUCACAAAAAAUUUUAGUUGACUGGCAAUAGCUUAACCUUUUGUUUCUAUUUUAAACAAAGAGUUCAUCUCAUUUUAAGAGAAUGAGAAAACUGCGGCAAAGAUCUUCAAAGCCGCGUACUUCUCAGCUUGGCUCCGACACUUGUAAAUGUGAGAGUCACAGAAAUGUUCGAGUCUCAAUCUGUAUGCUUGUUCUUUUUUAGUUUUUUGUACAAGCUGUUCUUCAGUGGGGUAAAGACCCUAGUAAAAAGAGAAGAGGGUAGCAAAUACAAAGCGACGCGAAGAACGAAUCAGUAGCCCCUUAAGAAAACGAAAUCACGCCAAGAUGCAAAAGAUGACAAACGUUUUCAUAGUUAACAUUUCUAUGCGUAAAAUGACAUCAGAAGUGGAAUUAACUCUAAAAGCAUGAUUCAUGAAAUUAAAAAAUUUUUCAGAAGAAUGACUCAUUUCAACCCGAGAUGAUCCUAAGACAUAUAUUUUGCUUUAAAGAUACAAAAAAUACAGGUUUAUUAAUAUUUAACUCUUUGAAACAAAGAAAUUAAUUUUUAACUUUAUAGUUAACCGUAACUGAAAAAAAUUAACCGAUAGCCGUAAAAGAGCCAAAAUUUUAGCCGAUAACCGUAAUUGCCACCACCCUAUUGAGACCCUCUUAAAAAAUUCAGUGAUGAAAUCAAAUUUAAGAUGAAUAGAGAUUGAGUCUGAACACAGCAAAAUCAGAAGUUUUGUCUGUAGGAUCUAGACAGAGUUCUUCUCGUAUGUCUUGACCAUCACUGGAGGCGCCAAUGUACCUAAAGUAACAUCUACCAAAACCCUGGGUGUAUACAUUCAAUCAGGCGCUUACAUGGGCAACACAUAUAGAAGAGACAUCUAAAAAUUAAUCAGCGCAGUUGGAGCUCUUACACUUGUGAGACAGUUUGUUCACCUCUCGACCCUCCAGACAAUGGACAACCGUCUUUUAUCCAGCCGUUAUGGCAACGUUGUUUGGGAGGGUCUGGGCUCAGAACUAUAAUCAUGGACAAAAGUCUUGGGACACUUUUGCAUUUCUUGGGCGUUUUCCAAUUCACACAGGCCCAACCCCUCCGCUCAUCCCACAAAACAAUGUUGGACGAGUGUAUCCAGAUUUCUUUGCGAGUUUCAACUUUAAAGUUCUUUAUAUGCAAAAAUUGCGCUGCAAUUACAACAUAAAUAUAUGUAAUCCCUCUAAUUUCAAGAAAUUUUUUUCGCGCUCCCCACUAUUACGGACACUAAACCGCGGUCCCGAGGGUGUCCGCAAUAACGGGAGCUGCUGACUAUAUGACGAAAAAAAGCAAUUGGGUUUUAUAAUGGUGCAUUUAUUUGCAAUCAAUUAGCCAAGGAUCUGCGUAAAUGCCGAAGUCGAAGAAUUCAAUUAAAUCUAAUUUGGACGGCUUGUUUCCCAGCUUCUUUGAUUCUUUAUUAUGAUAUUUAGUUUAAGGAGGAUUUCUUAUCACAAAUUGUUUACUUAUAACUUUUCACUUCACUUAUAGACGCUCAUAACUCUGAGGAUAUAAGACGUCAGCUCACGGUCUAGAGUGUGUGGACCCGCAAUAACUCGAGUUGACUGGAAAACUAUCACCUAACAACUUCCUUCAUUUUCCCACUUAGAUUUGUCAGACGCUUCCGAAUGCACGGGAAACCCAUCCAUGCGCUAACUCUGUUGCUAGUUUCGAAUCAGACACCGAUGGAAAUACCGUCAUAAAUUAUAAGCCAACCAUUGAGAGGGCCACUUACUACAAAAGGUACUUUAGCACCAAGUUUGAAGUUAGCAAGUUUAAAGUAAUUUCGCGCCAUCAUGGCCGCAACGUUGUUUUAUUAAACCUGUGCUAAAACUACUACACAGGCUACCUGUUGCGGUUCAGGAUCCAAAAUAAAAUCCUACUGGAUGCUGAUGACUUUUAAAUGUCUAAAUGACACUGUUCCUGCUUAUCUUAAAGAUUUAAUUCACUCAUACACCAAACCGCAAUCUGCGAUCAACCUCAAAACACUACUUAGCACAUGAGCAAUCCCACCCGAAAAGUUAUGGUCUCAGAGUAUUUUCAGUUGCAGCACCCAUUUUCUGGAAUUCUCUCCCACGUAGGCUUAGAGACCAUUCAAAAUUUUCUAUAACCUCUUUUGAGAAAAAACUUAAAACACAUUUAUUUAAAAUAGUUUUUUAACAUGUAAAUUUUCUAUUGCUGAUUUACUUAUCCAUUUAUUAUUUUAACUAGUAAUAGUUGACACUACAGCUGCCCCCGUUUUGUAUGUUGUCGGUCAAUAGUAUUCUUGCUGGUUGUGUAGCUCUUUGAAAUAUACCGAUUCAUAAUGAAGAUUUUCACACAUAUUUCAUACAAUAGGUGAGAUAAAUACAGGAAACGCAAGGUUCCAUGCACAGUUUCAGCUCGAUUUACACAGCUUUGAUCAAAACAUUCUCAGUUUCGAGAAUAGUUUAUUCUAAACCAUAAGAAAAGAUUUAAUUAGAAGUUGAAUUUUUCGCUAUUUCUCUUUCCCUUUUUACAUUCAGUUCAUAUUAUUUGCUGGAAAGUAAGCCUUAGAAAUUAAAAGACGUUUGAUCGAUUCACGCUAGCGCAUUCUAGUCUUAUUUGAAACUUUGUAACGGAAGGACAUCUGUGAGCAGGGAAUAGGUCAACACAGAAUUUGAUUGUCGGCGAAUUUCUGUAAAUCUCAAUCAAUCUGCUAGUGAUAGCCGUUGUUCACUCGUCUUGCUUGUUUGGGGCUGAGUCUUAUUCCGGUCAAAGAGAGAGAAAGAGUGUCUGGCAAGGUUUCCAAUAUAAAUCAAAGAUUUGUGAACUCGUUUCCGGCAAACUCUCCAAGUGUUUAUAUAUCUACACAGUUAAACGCACCUUAUAACCUCCCCUGCGCUUAACGAGUGUCUUUUGGUCCAUAACUUUAAAAAGCAACUGCUCCACAGAAUGUCACUGCGUAACGCAAAAGAGUAUCGAAGUAUGACUGCACAAUAAAUGUCACAAAAUCAACCUGAGCGGUCCCUUCGGGAUUUUCUGUCGUUACGUCAUCCUAACCAUUUCGUACUUGCGGGCGCAAACAAUAGAAACGUCAUCAUUACCUACCGAUUCCUCGCGGCCCCAGUUCGAGCAAAUCGAGAUUUUUUCUAGUAUACUGACUGUAUAUUUGAACUGUAAGUACUGUCCUUAAUAUACGCGCGAGUUACUAGGGUGCCUCCUCGGGAUUUCGCCUCUGGGCGAAAUCCCUGCAGGGGCAAUAAUUCUACAUAACUAUAAUUUUAUUGUAAAGCGCUAAUGAACUUUACAGGGUAGCGCUAUAUAAGUGUUACUUAGGGACGGACCAUUAGAAAAGUGAUGGGGGGGGGGUGGGGAAUUUUCAGCUUGCACGAAUUUUUUUUUUUUCGCUCACUGCUUGUGCAGGAAUUUUUUUUUUCAGGUGAACCCCUCUGCACGAAUUUUUUUUUUCAGACAAAUAUUGCUUUUUUUGAACAGUUAAAUCUUGAUUCAUUAUCUAUGUUUUUGUGCUUUAUAAAUUAUUCUACACUCACAAAAGAUCAAAGGAUACAGGCCACUUUAAUGCAAAAUCUUUUCGAAAAUGUACACACAGUGAGAGAGGAGGAAGCCACUUGGAGUGGACGGCUUCCCUGCGCAUUUUUUCAGUCCCUGCCCUCUGGAAUUCCUCUCCCCCAGCCAAUGGUAAAUAAAUAGUGACAGUUCACAGAUCCCGCAAGCGUGUCGCAUGAAUGUAAUUACUUAUCUACACGUAGCGGUUAAAGAGAUUAACUACAGUUUGGCUCUAACCAGUAUAUCUCUUAAUGAAAUGCCUCUCUUAUAAGAAAUAAUUGGAGGUUCUUUAAACAUUUCUUUAAGUUUAGGUUGUGAUUCUAUAAGAUGCCAUUUCUCCAUUAAAAUGUGUUUAAGGUAGGCACAAAUGGGUUGUAUUGCGUUACAAGGGGCAAUAUUUCUUUUUGCACUCUUGUAUUAUCCUUAAGAGCUUUCUUUCUGUGAGAGAAUUUUACUUCCGAGAGUGUUUAGUCUAUAAGGUUGUUCGGGUAGCCUCUCGUUCGAAGGCGUAGUUUGAAUAUUCUUAUGUUUUCUACGAAAGUCUCUUCUGAAGAGUUAGUAUGGUAAAUAAGUAGUGACAGACCAUUCACAGAUCCCGCAAGCGUGUGAAUGGCCUGUCACUAUUUAUUAACCAUGUCACCCACCCGGAGUCAAAAAAGGCUUCGUAAAAGGUGAAGGCCUGAGACUACUAAGAACUAACUCUUCAGAGGAGACUUUCGUAGAAAGCAUAAGAAUAUUCAAACUACGCCUUCCAGCGAGAGGCUACGUGAACAACCUUAUAGACAAAACACUCUCGGAAGUAAAAUUCUCUCACAGAAAGAAAGCUCUUACGGAUAAUACAAGAGUGCAAAAAGAAAUAUUGCCCCUUGUAACGCAAUACAACCCAUUUGUGCCUACCUUAAACACAUAAUUUUUAAUGGAGAAAUGGCAUCUUAGGGAAUCACAACCUAAACUUAAAGAAAUGUUUAAAGAACCUCCAAUUAUUUCUUAUAAGAGAGGCAUUUCAUUAAGAGAUAUACUGGUUAGAGCCAAACUGUAGUUAAUCUCUUUAACACUACGUGUAGAUAAGUAAUUACAUUCAUGCACCACGCUUGCGGCAUCUGUGAAUGGCCUGUCACUAUUUAUUUACCAAAUUCUAAUAUUUAUUUAUUACAAAUUUUAUUUUAUUGUUUUCAUUAUAAUACAGUAUACAGUGUAUGUUGUAGGUACACUAGCUGCAAUUUAAAACAAAAACAAGGUUCUAAUUGUCUCCUUUCAGUAAGAAGAAAGUGAUUUUUGUUUAUUCAUAUUGUGCCUGGUAAGAUUGUUGAUUUCUGAAACUCAGACUUUCUGAAAAAGUCACAAUUGGACCUUCCUUCUGCAUGAAUUUUUUUUCUAUACCUUCUUCUUUGCAUGAAUUUUUUUUCUUGGCAUUUUCCCUUGCAUGAAUUUCUUUUCUUUUUUUUCGUCGACAAAACGAAUAGAAAUAUAUCGCUCUCCGAGUCUUCCGCCAUUUUUUCUGCGUCAAUUCGUGAAGAACGCGUAGCUCUGAGCGUGGGUCAUCCACGCGGAACACAUUCGCGCUAUGUGAUUGGCUGUUGCCUCAUCCCUCUUGGGAUCUGUGUGUCUUAAAAAUAACUCGAGGUAAAUUACCUAUGGAAUAGGGUGUGUAUGGGGAUGCCUUCUCUGUCCCCUUUAUUCUCUCUUGUUAUGUAUAACAUAAUUUUCACCAAUUAUGGUGCUCAAUUUUGCCGGAGAGUGGAUUCUUGCUGUGCAAUUCAUGAUGAAAUCUUGGUAUAAAUUAAUUCAUAAACAAAAUAAAAAGCAUGUGCAUGUUAAUACUGUGGAACACGUCAUCACACAAAUACCAAGAUGUUCAUAUGAAUAUCGGCGUGAAUUUAUAAUGAAACUGUAGUGUUUGAUUUGAGUUGCUGAGUUUCGUUUCAACCGAAACACUGACUUGAUGUGAAGAUUAGAGUAGACAAUUUACCCAGUGAUGUUUAAAAUCAUUUAUUUUAUUUCAGGACCUUCAAAAUUACUCAAAAAUGUGAUCCUAACAAGUUUCCAGGCUACACAGAUGGUGUUACAGAAGAUUACACAUACAAAGCUUCAAAAUAUGUAUGAAUGAUAGUUAGCUUUAUUUUAAAAUGAAAAACCAUUUACUUUGAGGCGGUCAUCUUUGAACCAGCUCUGUGGAGUAUAGUGGCUAUGAAAAGCUGGCUACAUAUUAAACAUAUGGUAUCAUGUUAAAGUGCUGCUGAAGAGGAGAAUGCUAACACCAUAGUAUUUUAAGGCAACUCAAAACAAAGAAAAUUGUCAACUACGUAUGCGCAAUGUAUGCAGUAUCCUGGAAACCGUACAACAACCUGUGAAACGGUUUGUUUGAACAGCGGUUGACCUACCAAAAACAUAUACUGCGCAUGCCCACGUGAAUGUCAAAUCAACGUACCUUGACUUCACUGUGUCCCAUUUUUGUUUACUAAUUUUCCUCUCUCCUCAGAAACACGUGAUAGUCAGGCUAAGUUCGUGGAAAAGCAGGGUGUUUGCAGUUUUUCAUAGCCUGUUCAGUUACUUGUAGAAAGAAAAAAUAGUUAUUUGUAUGCGACAAAAUUCACCCGAGACAAUAUAUGCUGUAAUUAAAACACCAUUUCAUUUUUUUUCUGAAUUUGGCAGUUGACUGCAGAAUUCACUCCCUUGGUCUUUUCAAAACCAUUUUAAAAUUGUACUGUCUAGACAGCCCGCAUUUCUUCUAACAUGAUUUAUCACACACGAUCGAAUCAGCACAUGUUUAUCUUAGCUUUAGUAUUUUCUUUCGUAAAUGUAUGUGGGAUAUAAUACAGUAAAGCAUUUCACAGUUAUAAACUUAACUGACUUUUGUUUUCAAUUACAGAGUAUGGUGUUUUCUACAAAAUGCGCGUGUGAUGACGCUUGUGCCUCUAAUAACGAUAAUCCUGCUCAAAACAGCAAUGGACUCAGUACUGGAAGUAUUAUAUAAAUAGUGUAAGUAACCGAUAAUGCUCAUCCUUUCAAAAGUGAUUGCCGCAACUAAGUAGUGAAGAAAGAUGUGCUAUAAUGACGUGAUUUUGCUUUGUAAUGCAUGGUCUCGUAUUCAGGCAGAGAUAAAUCUACUCAUGGAGAGAAGCUUUCUAUAAAAAAUGUUAAUGCGACAUGUAUUCCCAUCAAUAAAAUUCAAAAAUUCGUUGCCAGUCAAGGAUAGCGAGAUAUCAUACUUACAUUUACGUUAAACUGCUAAUUUUACUUCGCAUUAGGUGGGUAUGAGUGUCAAUUUCAUCAUUCCAAAGCUGCAGGACAUAUUGUUCGGACCCAGGCUAUGGAUAAUAUUUGCAUAAAAACAGAUUUCAACGGAUUCGGUGGGGUUUUUUGAACGAACCAAUUAAAUAUCGUCCAACACGUUAGCAGCAUGGGAAACCCCACUUAGCUUAUUGUUCAUGCAAAGUGGAAUCUAGUGGAACGUCAGUGAAAACCCCAAGCCUCUUUCAUAGUAUUCAAGAGGUGUUAUGACGCUUUCAGAACGGCGGGGUUUUUCUAACGACAUGAUGACAGAUGAAUGAUCGACCCAAACAAUGUUUUUAGCCCUUAAAUCAACAACAUUAAGGUGUGUUGUCAAGGACAAUGAAGAAAACUCUUUCCUGUAUAUCUUCUGUUGUUGUGCAAAUUUUCCUGGUAUUAUCAUCAUCAUAAUUAUCAUUAUCGUCAUCAUCAUCAUCAUCAUCAUUAAUUAAGAUAAUAAGGCAUACACUUAUCCAGUUUAUUAUUGGGUGAGCUGUUCAAAUGUUUGCAAACAAGUUUUCACGUAACGAAUCCCAGCUAAGAACAGACAAAAUGUUUCAUGGUGCUGGUUAAAACACGUUUGAACAGACUGAAACUUGAUACUACACCGUCAACCCUAGUCUCCUUCGCAGCCGUUAUUAGGGUCGUCACGCAACGCUCCUCCCCAUUAACGCCGUUGGUGGGGAGGAGCGUUGCGUGACGACCCUUAUAACGGCUCCAAAGGAGACUACGUCAAACCAAGAUUUUCAACGUAUUCCUCCCUUAAGGAGGUAUAUUUUGGGGCCCGUUCCAUUUGUAACAUAAAAUUUGUUUAUUAACUGUAUCAGUCUUACAUAUACACUUUUUUUCCAGAUUCUUUGUGUUACUCUUCGUUUAUUUGGUGGCUGGAAUUCUCAUUAAAUGGUACAAAAUGGAAGUUGAGACCGUACCAGAGGUGAUACCUAAUUACGAGUUCUAGGCUGGAAUUCCAUCACUUGUUAAGGUGAGACGUGCCAUAUCGUGAUGUCUUUUGUAGAGCCACGGUAAACAAUCCAACAUUAAAGAAAUUUGGAAUCGCGUUUACGGCAGGCGACAAACGUUAGACUCAAACUGACAUUUUUAAAAAAUUAAAAUUAGGUAAUGAGAGGAUAGAAACGGUCUCAAACAAUUCUUAUAUAUGAAAGCUACUGUAAGUGACAUGCAACAGUUCUUUUAGUGCAGAAAUAGACUGUGAAAACAGCCGACAUUUCGCAACUCCACUUCUGGUUUCCCCGCGAAAUGACGUCUGCGAAACGAGCUCAUACUGAGGACGCGUCACCACCCAGAUCUGGGUACGUAUAGUGCCUCUGAUUGGUCGUGCAACUGGAGAAUUCGCUUCAGCCAAUCAGAGGAACUACUCAGAUCUGGGUAGUGACGCGUCAUCAGUAUGGAAUUUUUGCACUCGUCUCCCGGCACUGGUUUCUCCUAACGAAAUGUCUGCUAUUUACUCAGGCUACGGUAGAAAUAAUGACAGUAAACGAUCAGUGAAGAGAAAAAAACUUGGUCAAGAGGUACAAACUGCCAUUUGCCUUUUGCCGCAUAAAUGGAUUCUAAAUCUCUGCAAUGUCGCACAGUAGAAUGCUUAACUGAUUAGAGAACUACUUAUCAAGACCUACAAGUAGAAUGCGAGCACAGCCGCUUCUCAUCGCUCCCCUUCGUCGCUAAAGACAUUGCAGAGGCGGUUCUCACUCGCAGGCUUAGUCAAAACGGAGUAUACACAUUAAAUCCACCAUUUUAAGCUCUAAGGUGUUAUGUGUAUGAAUAAACUACUUACUAACCGAAUUUACAAAUGAAGUUGACCAUGAAGUUGAUGCUGGAUACUGAAGUGUUAAAGAGAAGCUAAAACGUCUAACAUGUCAGGAGCUUGAAUUCCUAAAUUACUUCGGAUGUCAGAUCUCAAGGAUUCGCUUUCGAAGUACAGUCAACUAUUUCAUAGCAACCACUUCUAGUAAGCGACCACUUUGUAAAUAACCGUAAGGGUUUUGUUUCUCAGUCAAAUACUGUUUUAAAAACUCUGUCGUAAGCGACCACUACUUAAAUUUCUUAAACAGAUCCCGCGACCACUUUUUAGGCCAGAAAUUUGACAUAUUCCUUUGUUUUCUGUCUGCCGUGAGCGACUAACCGGCAAGAUCACGUAUGAUUGUAAGAAAACCACUACUCGAAUGUCACAAAAGUUCAGUAUUUUUAUGAUUAUAGCAGUUGACUUACCACAAAGAUGGCUGUCAUACGAUUUGUGGGUAAAAAAGUGGAUUGUUACAUUCAUGCAAAAUGUAAUUAAUGUCUCAACAGUUCCCAGCGCUAUUCGAUGCGAAACUGUAAGGUAUAUAAUAGCUUUAUAUAAUAACGUUAACGUGAUCAGUUCAGUUUGAGCUUAUUUUCUUGAUUUUUCCCGAAGACGACCGGCCACCUCUCGUAAGAGAACACUUUCUCGUGCACCAAGGGUGGUAAGAGAGUUGACGGUAUAAUUUGCCUGGGUGGUCCAUAUAUACCGUAAAGCCGGUAUUUUGAUUUGAAAUAUGAUGAAAUAACGUUUUCCCUCGGCAAGCGAAGUCUGUACGACAAUUUUUUUAUUUUAGUAUUAGUAUUAUUAUUAUUAUUAUUAUUAUUAUUAUUAUUAUUAUUAUUAUUAUUAUUUCUUUUCUUUUCUUUGUUUGUUUUUUUUGUUUUUGUUUUUUAAUUUUGCUUCGUUUUUUUUAAUCAUCCAAUCUCAAGCAGCAUUUGUAAAUUGCCUAUACGUAGCGAGAUUUACAAUUGUACAUUCAAAAACACAAAUAAAGUUUCCACUAUUAUAUUAUUAUCACCAUUAUCAUUAUCACUGUCAUUGUCAUUGUCGUGAUCAUUAUCAUUAUCUUUAUCAUUAUCAUUAUUAUUAUUAUUAUUAUUAUCAUUAUUCAUACGAGCGCUAACGUGGCUCUAUUUCCAAUAACAUAAAAUUUCUUGUCCUGAUGCUCUCAUGGAAUCCUCUUUUAAACGAGAAAACAGCCCAAUGAAAACACUGGAAUUUCAGGGAAACAAAAUUAACAUAAGUUGUUUCUGACGUCAUAGAUUUUUCAGUGUUACCCUCUUAGAGAUUGGUCAUUGUUAGGUGUCUUGUGACGUCGAAGUACCCAAGGAGAGUGUGCCGACUGUUGAAAAAAAACCCUUAAUAUAUAACACCAUGAUAAAACGUCUUAUUGCGAGGGUAUGUUACAUCUGACUCCUGUUAUCUUUUCACUUAAUUACUAAGACAAAAACAAGCUAUUCGUGAUACGGGAGUUCGUAAUAUAGUGGUUUUUACGUCUAUUUUUUCUUUUAACGUUACUGAUCACAAUAGUUAGUAAUAUGGAUCUAUUUACAUAGGAAAAAAAAGAUAAAGUAAGUAGUUCUACCGUCAACCUAGCGGAAGCUGAUCGUGGCUGGUACAGGUAUUGCGUCAGAUAUGUAUACAUUACGCUCAGGUGGAUAGAGAGAAAUUUUGCACCUAAACGUCUUGUCAAGAAAAGAGUGAUUUAAAAACUACUCUAAUUUCUUAUUCAAUUUCCACAGGAUGGAGGUUUGUUCACGUGCCAAGGAUUGAAGUCUGGAUGCACUUCUCUCUGCCAGAAAUGUAGUAAAAAUGGCUAUGGCGAGAUAUAAACAAUUAGAAGAAGUCCUUUAAAGUUAACCAACCUCGCAAUCUAAAAUUGCCCAGUAUUGAGUUCGCUCUGACUGCAAAAUAAAAGUACAGUAGACGCAUUUUUUCAGGCAAGCACCUCUCUGCCGGCACGAGCGUGAGCAUUCCUUUACUUUUGUUUGCAAAGUUACUCCGCGCAUAACCCAAGCACGUAUUUUAAAAGCGACAAGCGGCGAAACCACGAAGGGGUAAGCCUGAGAAGAAAAAAAUUGUCUCCUCCAAAUCCCUUAUUGUAGCGUAACGUUAUUACUUGCAAUCGCGCUGGCUGGGAUAACUGAAAACAGGAUGGAUUUUAAGAUAAAAGGCGGACUGCGAAUAAUCCUGUAUCCAUGCAACCUUACCCCAAGGAGAGCUCUGGGAAUGAGGAUGGUAACCAUGAGAAACUGGUGUUUACAUUGAGCGGUAAUUUUUAAAAUGAAGAGAGAAAAUGGGGUAAUAAAUGAUAGAUAACAAAAAGUUUUAGUUUCGUGAAGUCAUAACCUGAUAAAACCUGAAUGCUGAGCAGGAAUCAAGAUCAAGAGAUUUACAACAUCGAUAUGUAAAGAAAAAAAUUGUAGCGGAAAAGAGUUUCAUUUUGAAGGGAAUGUCUAAAGGACCAGACUAACGACCUAUUGGCACAAUUAGGUACAUACCAAAGGUUUGUUAGAGUACCCCUGGGGGAGGCAACAGGUACUUCCGGUAUUUUAUAGCAUGGGCGAUUGCAUGACUUACUGCGGAUGUGUUUUUAAAACACUUUUAUUUUUUUUUUUAACAUUACUUCUUAUGUAAAUAUCCUCGUGAUUUCCGACCUGAAUAAAUUUUUAAAAAAUGCUGUCUCAAGUUUCUUCCUUUAGAUGCUAAUUAUAUGUGACUCUUAGCCACUGAUUUACAAGGAUUAGUUGAACUUUAACUAUUGAGGGUUGAAAGGCCAUGUUCACGCUCACGUACUUAUUCUCUGGUGGGUGAUUGAAGUUGUGUAUAAUGCUAGGAAAGCAAAUCAAUACAGUAAAAGUUCUCAUUAUUAUCUGGAUAUUUUCUUCGGGGGAGUUCUCGGGAAUUUCCCAAGAGACCUGUGACAAGAUCGAUGACUGUUCAUGCAAAAAAAGCAAUGGGAAAAUCAUCAACUUACGAGAAAUCGAUGGAGGCUCGAAGGCAGCGUAAGUAUUUUUAUUCGCUCUUCACGCGGGUAGUGUGAGAUGACAUGAAUCUGUGCACUUUCUGAUGAUUAUCACAUAUCAGAGCGAUCAAAAUGUGUCAAUAAUUUUGCAAUCGGCGUAGCCAGGGUCGAAACUGGUAGGGGAUAAGCAGGGUAUAUUUCUCUCUCCUCUGACUUAAACAGGACUAACCACUCAAAGGCCUGUGGGACCCGUCCUUUAAUUAUUACUUCGAAAAAAAAAUAUCUAGGUAAUCAGCACAUUAACAGCAAAAAGGUUCUCUCGAACCCCGGGGUCUCGAACCAAGCUCGAAAUAUGAGCAUCGGCAUGGCUGCGUAACCUCCGAAAUAAAAGUUUGUAUGGGGAGCGAUUUAUAGGAAUUGUAUGGGUUUUAGUGUAAACAGGUUUGCUCUCUCUAUAAUCCGUCCAUACAGGGACGAAACCGGUUGAAAAAAAAACAUAAAAUGGCCAUAAAUCGGCUCGGGAACCGCAGGAAGAAUCACGCAACUUUUAAAAGUGAGGUUAGCUGAUUCUUAUUUAAAUUCUUUCACGUCCGUAGGUAAAAGAACAACUGAUUUUUUCCUCAUACAAAUUCUUAUAGUCAAACGUCACGGUAAAAUGCCGAUGCUAAUUCUUUUUUGGGUUAGGCUACCUCUUGUGUUUGCAUAGGCUGGCGUGACAGAGCAACGUUUGAAGGUGAACGGACAGGGGUAUAAAGGCGCGCUAUAACGCAUGGAAGGGAAUCUUUCACCGUGUGGUCAAAGGCGCGAAAUUUGCAAAUGUACUUCGAAGCUAAAUAUAAGGGUAUUUUUCUUUCACCAUUUAAAGGUUUACAAUGUCCCUUUUAUUAAAAAAAAAAAGGUUUUUUAGAAACCUCUUCUCCUCUUCUUUCUUCGUACUCACUCGUCCUCGAAAUUUUUUUCUUCGCUCCGAAAAAAACUGACUGGCCCCUCCUACACAUGCCAGAAAAAAAUGGUUUCCCUCAGAGCCGUUUUAGUGUCGUCACGCAGCAAUCUACAACCCAGAUUUCCCAUGUAAAGACAGAGUGAGAUAAGUCACGCAACACCACUUCUCGCCACUUUAGAAAAAUAAGGAAACUGAGCCGAGUUAACUUUCGCAAAGACCUGUUGGCCAAUAGCUGAACGGCGAGUCCUCAGUAACGAUCCCAGAAGUCUUUGCGAAAUCUGAUUCUCUCCAGUUUCCCUCUCGUUUUUAAAAUGGCAAAUUGCACCAGCUUUUCCUUCUUACGCACCCCCCCCCACCCCCCGCCGCCUCCCCCCCAACAGAUCUUUUUCCCGAUACCUGCCAUCUUUGAACGCGCUUUAGGAUUGAUGAGAUAAAAGCAAUGUCACGUUAUACUGUAUUUGAGAGGCUAACAAGAAGUAAAAUUUGCCAAUAGGAGAAAUCGCGGCCGAGAUAUUAUCUUCUCUCAAAACUAGAGGACGAUUUAAGUUCCGCAAAAUGCACAGUUCUAGUUUCGAAAAGUUCUACGUCAUUGUUGCUUGAUGUGAGAACAUCUACGGUCGCUACUGCGUCUCAAAACGUGAAAAUGAUCACUUCUACCCAUAAUUUGUCAUUAUCGUUUUUAAGAUAACAAGUUCUUCAUUUUCUGUUGUGUAGAAUAAACAAACUCAACAGCGACUUUUUGUAUUGGGAGAUUUUAGUACUUGUUUGCCCCCUGAGAAGCCACGUGACAUCGCUUUUAUCCCAUCAGUCUUUAAGCGCGUGCAAAGAUGGCAGGUGUCAAGAAUAAGGGCCCCUUGAAAAGGCUAUUAUUUCUGGAAUAUCUAACUUUUAGGUUGCAUCCCACAAGCGAGGGAGGCUGCUGAGCAUUAAUUGUUAAUUAAUUUAUUGAUUGUUACAGUUUCAAUAUGGCUUUUUCAAAACAAUCCCUGGGUCAAUUGACUAGUACGUUAAUUUUUUAUAGUUUUAAAAACAUUCCAACUGUUCGCAGUAAGCAAUAUACAUUUGACUGGAAUCCUUGUACGAGCUUCAGCGAAAACUCUGAAUGUCUCAAUAUGCUGGUAAGUUAUUAAAAUUUUCAAUUUUGAUUAUAAUGAAGUUCGGAUAUAACACGCACUCUGAUUGGCUGAGAGUAGAGGUUAUGUGAGUAUAAAACACGGAGGUCAAGCUGUCACAUCACCUGCCAUUAGUCAUAUUUAAGCAGUUUGUUUUCAAAUUUUCGUGUUAAUAACGUCCAGGUUUUCAUGGGCCACAAUUCGGCCGGAUUUAAGUGAACCUUUUUACCUUUAGAAACUGAUUUUUGGCGUAAAAUUUCCUCUGCAUUCGAAUUCGGAGAGCGUUUAGCUCGUUUCACUUAGUGAUAGCUGGAAAGUGGAAGCAAAAACAAACAGCGCCAUGUUUCAUAGCCAACGAUAUCAAUUUGCUUUUAAAUAAAACCCCAAGUGUCAGAGGUUUCUUUUUAGUUUAAUACCCUUAAAAACUCAAGCGGCAAAACGGUGAAAAUGAGGCGUAACGCGUUUAGGGGAAAUUCUUGAGCCGUUCUUAAACCACGGACUGGCACAAUAUUUUAGCUUCAUCAGGUGUAUUAUUUUUUGAACGAACCUUUUGAUGCCCGGAUAAACGACACCCAUAUAUCAAAACCCUUUCAAUCAACCAAAGCGGAAACACAUCGUUUAUAGAUAGUUGACUAAAACUGUGUGCUUCCAAACAAGGGUAUAAAAAAGACUGUCAAAAUGGAAAGGCGGUUUUUAUACGAUCUCAGGAAAAGUAACUCUCUUAUUUUGCGCCAUUAUUAGAUUGAUACAAGUUUAACAUAAGAAGACUACAAUCACAAUUUGACAACCCAAUUGAUAAAAAAAAAGCAAAUAAAAUCAUGUGAAAACGACGUCGGAGAACUGAGGUUAUGGUGUACUCGGAAAAGACGUGCGUACCUCUAGAAAAAGCCUAGCUACUGACACUUUCUUUCCUUUAGUAUGCAGCCUAUUAUAUUGCAGGCGGUUUUACUGUGAUUCGCUCUCUUGUAAGUCUAGAAUUUAUGUAAUACAAUCGCUAGAAACAUCAGAACUGCAAUUAAGCCCAUGUUUCGCAAUAAUUUCUUUUUCCUGUUUUGUUUUUUGUUGUUGUUGUUGUUUUUUUUUUUCCUAUUCAAGAUGUGCCAGAAAAAUUUGCAUUCUACAGAUGAAAACAACCCAUGUGCGCAGAAGACCUCUAAAUUUAAAGUUAACAAGGAUGGUACAACCACCAUUAUCUACCAGUCAUUUACUGACAGCAAGGACUACAAACGGUUCGUAACUAAAUUUCAGGUGUUUAUUUGGGAAACUCUAUAAUUCGGUUUAAUCUGAUCAGCAGAAAAUGCAUUGACAAUGUAAUGAGUCAACAUUUCGAGUGAAUUCAUUAAAUCCUGAAUCUGUCAGGUCGAUGAAAUCUUAUUGCGCGAUCAUUGAAAACACAAAACCUGUGAUUCAUUUUGUUAAAAUGUUCAACUUCAGAGUCAUUAAAACCAAUCUUUUACUCAACAUAAUCAAUGACUAAAGUUCAGUUAAGUUUUGUUCAUGUUACUUUGCCCGGUUCUAAUGUUACCAUGCAGGAAGAUCAUGAAGUCACUUUCGCGUGUGAAAAAGAUAUUAAGUAAACAGCGAGGGCUUUGUGUUUUUUUCCCCCUCAGCCUCAAACCAGCUCGAUUGAUUUUUUAAGCCUUUAUUUAGUGUCAUUUUUUCCUUUUUUACAGAUCAGUGGAGAUCACACUUAAAUGUGACGAAUCCCAGUAUCCAGGAAAUACAGGGAGCGGAGUAACAGAAUUUUACGAACCAAAAAAUUCAGCCUAUGUAAGGUUUUGACGAAUAAUCGUUUUUUGCUCUUUUUUUGGCAAGUUAUCCAAGUCCAAUCAAGAUGUUGUUCUGUUUCAAACUUUUUCAAGGCCAGGUUCAAAUACCGAAUGUUUCAUGAGCACAACUUCAUUCAAAUUAGGAGGACCUCUUUUAAUAAAAAGUACUCGUGCUUAAUCGGACGCUGAUCUAAUAAUUCGCUUCUAAUACAUUUUAGAAUAAAUGUUAAAAUUCCUGAACAUGCUAUAACUUUAAUUUAUGCAUUAAAAUCGGCACGUGAAAAGCUGGGCAUCCGAAAAUCCCCGGCCCAAACAUAGGCGACAAUACAAGAGUGGAUGAGUUGUUCUAACAUGAAAUAUAUGAAGCUUUUGAUAUUUUUAAUUCAACACAUUAAGUUCAGCUCAUGAAACAGAUUACUUCUCUUGAGCGCUUCCAAGAUGUGGAAAGCCGCAUUUUUAGUGUGCUAAGAUGGCUAAAUAUCGCAAUUGAUAGGGUUCUUGGGCUGCACCCUGCUAUUACAGCGUGACUGAUGUGUCUUUGACGCUGUACGGUUAGUGUAUAAUCUGGGACAGUUUUGCAGCUUCGCAGCUUCCGACUUGGAAGAUUUCUUUCCGUAACAUAUACGAGUUGGUUUAUUCGAUUCAAUUUUUUGUUUCUGUUACAAUCUGUUUCCUCGUAGACUAUGGUUUUUACAUCCAGAUGCGCGUGUGACAAUGGCUGUGAUAGUCCAUCAGAAUCAGGAAGUAGCAAACUCAGUAUUGGAAGUAUUUUAUUGAUAGUGUGAGUUCAAAUAGAUUUUAGCUAUUGUAUUGAGUUAUGGAUCCGCAUAUUUCAAUACUUUGUACGACCUCAUGGAUCAGUUUAGGUUUGUGGGAAACUGCCUACCUACCCCUCCCCUAAAUUAACAUCUUGCCCUAAACGAGAAGUAAGUGUUAACGUUGGCUUAGGGGAGGGGUAGGUGGGAAGUUUCCCAGAAACCUAAAUUGAUCCCAUAAAUCCCAGUUUCAGUAACGUCUGCGGAGCAGCGCCGAGACUCAACGAUCCGGAAAUGCUUUUCAGAUUUGCUUUUAUUCUGAUUGACAAAUCGACAUUGAAUAGACUAAUCAUGGCUCGUACUCAAAUCCUGGUACACAGCAGGUGGGGGCGAUCGAAGAGCAAGGAUUUCGCAGCUGUUUUGCCUUACCACAGUUAAGUUUCGUCUGUGGCGCACGCUACGAAUGCAGCCGCUACUCAUCUUUUCAGCAACGUCUUCAUCCUCCAGGGACAAGGAAAGAUUAGAAAGGGCAGUAUUCCCAGGCUACUAUUUUGUUCUACUUGCGUAAUGUUUUUACAUCUUUUUUUUUUCAGGUUUUUCGCAUUGCUUCUUGUUUAUUUAAUUGCUGGAGUUCUUAUUAAAAGAUACAAAAUGGGAGUAGAAAGUGUGCCGGAGGUGAUACCUAAUUACGAAUUCUGGGCUGGAAUUCCAUCUCUUGUUAAGGUAAAUAGAAGCCGACUUUACCAAGGUAUUACUUAAAGUUUAACCCAUUGAACACGGAACCAGGAAGUUUUAGCUGUGGAAUCCGGAUUCCUGGACUUUGGAAACUGGAAUACAGCUCACGGAAUCCGCAAUCCCACUCAAACGAUUGGAAUCCAGAAUCCAGUACUUAAAAUCCAGAAUCCACGGUAUGGAAUCCAGAAUCCAAGACUGUCUUGAUUUUCCGUACAUGGGGCGAAAUCUAGCCACAAGUUACUUUUGUACUUUGCAUUAGUACUGCUCUUCUAAGGAUUCGUCCUUACCCCCACUCUUACAGUCUCUGAUAUAACCUCUCUUUUCAGGAUGGAGUUAUAUUUACAUGUCAAGGCGUAAGAUCUGGAUGUUCUUCAUUGUACCAGAGGUCCAGUAAAAGUGGCUAUGACAAGAUUUAA